GUGGUCACUCACAGACUGCAAGGGCAUAUGAGUGAGACACGCAAGGAGGUAAUGAGACCAGAUUGAAACUAUCUUUGAAAGGUAAAGGGCUCACAACUUUACACUUCGUACGUCAAUGACUGUGGUGGGGUCAAAAAUUGUUCUUUUUUGUGUGUCAUUGUGCCAUGUUGUGGUAGAUAUAAUGGAAUCAAACGCAUUUGCUGUCAGAUUCAAAAUUUUCUCUGUCUAUGUUAACAUACAGCAAGGAAAGACAUAAUAAUUCUUUGCUGUAUCAAUUGUGUCACCUUGUAGCCAGUUGGUCAGAAAUGAUGAAAAACUGUUUACACUUUGCUUCUGCUCUAUGUAGAAGCAUUCCUACUCUAGUGGAUGCUUUAUGUUUGUAUCACUGUAUCAAAAUUCAGGAUCAUAUGUUGUUUUACACUUGUCAUCUGUCUUUGCCUCAGGGACAUUCAAAGAAAUGAACUUCAAUGUUCCCAUUCCUUGUCAACCUGUGUGACAAAGGGGACAGCGUCAAGUUCUGAAACUCCAGUAGGUGGCAUAGAUUAAGACACACAUGCAUAGAGCCUUCUUAGUCCACUUUCAUACCAUGUACCAUAGAUGGUGAAAUAGGGCAAAAGAUAACUCACUUAAAAAAAUCCUUUCCAUUUUUAAUUUUUAGUAAUCGUAAAAAAGACAAGAAAAUAUUUCAUUUAAAUAACUUCCAAGCAUCCCUCAAAGGGCUAUGUACAAUUAAAUGAUUAUAGGAUAGCAAGUUGACUUAUACAAAUGCAUUCAGUAUUGUAUCUGUAAAAAAUACUUAAAAUUUUGAUUAUUUGCUUGCAUAAAUGAAAAUUAAAAAACCCCCGACAAGAGUUUUUUUUAUAUAAUCUCUCAAUACAUAGGUAACAGAGCAGACAGAAGGAGUAAACCAUGUCUAUAUACACUUUGCAACGAAAAAAAUCCAUAGCACGUUUUUUUUGUUUGUUUUUUUUUUUACCUUUCUCAUCUUUAGAGAUUUUGGGACAGAAACAUAUCUGCAGGUUUUUGCAUCACACAGUAUAGGAGAGAUCCAUGUCUGCUUUUUUUAUAUGGCGAGAAACCAAAAUAUGUCUAUGGGAUGAUUAUAUUAUAAGGGUAGUUUUUCCCCUUCUGUAAGUCAUUGUAUGCGUGAGCAAUAGAUGUAGGAACAGUCAUAGUUCUAUUGUGGCUGUGUCAUCAUGUUAAAGAAGAAAUAGACUAUGUCAUGUCUGGCUGCUUCAGUACAUCACUAGUGCACUAGUAGAUUGAACAGAAGUAAACCUAAUAUUAUUUUAAAGACAAUGGAUCUUGAAUAGUAUUAAUUAUCAAGUGAUAUGCACUGUAGUUCUUUCCAUUCCACCUCUAUGUUUACCAGAAUCACAGACUCUGAAAAUGGGAAGAUUGCUUUUGGUACAAUCUAAUCUAAUGAAAGACCUUCAUACAGCAGUGUCUUUGGGCAUUUUAUUUCCAUGGUACUGGAGGUGGAAGGGUUAUUUUUACCUAAUAGGAUUUGCUUUGCAGUACUCUAUAAAUGAAAGGGAGCAUCUGAGAUGAAAGGGCAGGUUGGUUUUAUGCAAAGCUGUGUUCUGCCUGAGGUCACUGCUUAACCCUUUAGAAGGGUGGAUAAACUCAGAACAGAAUGUAUCAGCACUGCCUGUAACAAUGUCAACCUGCGUGGAGAAAGCCAAAACUCACAGCUCCCUAUUGUCUGUGUCACUGUAGUGUCACCCUGCAGGGGGAGGGUGGGAGGAAAGGAGUGAGGAAAUGAAAGGGGGGUGGAGGAAAAGAGAGGUCAGAGGAGGAGAUGCUGAUGGGAGGACACUGACACAGAGAGUGGAGCAGCAAGCUUGCAGCUGUGGGAGAGGGGAAAAUAAAGGGAGAGGAAGAAAGGAAAGACUUAGAGCAAAAUCACAGUGAAACAUUACACAGGUGAGUGACAGUUCCCUGUUCUAGUUUAUCUGUAUAACUCAGUAGGUAUACGGGGUUUAUAUGUUGCAUUAUUUCUGGUUGAGUAAUGUAUGUGUGCAGCAUGUAUAAUACAGCAUGCCUGUGUAUUCAGUUGUUUGUAUCUUCAGUACAUAUGUCUGUACAGCAGUGUUUAUACAUUGCCAGUAAGUGGGCAUGCACUGUCUGCUGCGAAAUUCACUGCCAGGAAUCUAUAUGCAGCAUCUGAUCUGUGCAGUUAGUAAUGGUAUGGGACAUAUCUGCUUGGCAUAUAUAGCAUGUCACCAUAAAUAACAUACACUGCUUUUUAAUAAGAGAGUUUAAUGUCUAGCAAUGGGCGUGUGUGUAGAAUUCUAUGAGAUUCCACUAUCACAGGCAAUCAGUGUGGUUGUCACACACGUGUUACAUUUUACAGAAUUUUAGAAUGCCCGUUCACAGUAUUCUUUCCCCCUCCUAUCAAAUAAUUAUCAAGUUAUAUAAUUUCUUUUUCUUUCCUCGUGCACUCUGCGUUUGUCUUUCAUUUUUAUUUGCCAUUCUUUUAAAUCUUUUAUAUGUUUUUUUCUCCCUGUCUCUGUGAUUUCCGCUCGGAUGACAGAGGAAAAGGGGCAUGCAGAGCAGAAACAGACAGAGGAAGUGACAGAUCUGUACGGGGGAGGGGGAGGAGGAUGUGUGGGGAGAGAGGAGGGGAGAUGAGGUGCAUGAGCGCGAGUGGGGAAGGAGAGGAGAUGUGUGAUAGGCAAAUGGAGACACAGAUGUUACUAGUUUUAUCAUGUGACCCCCCUUGUAGCUCUGUAGUUGCCUUGCUGUCCCCUGUAGACUUAUUCAUUUCUCUCCUCAUGUGCAAAGCAUUAUGGUCUUGGUGGUCCUUUCAUUACAUUGCAGCUUGGUCCCUGUAGUCUAAAUCCCUUCUCUGCCUUGUAUGUCUAUUUCUCCUCAUAAUAAUGCCAACAAGGAAGACAAAUUCAAAAGCACACAUAAAAAGUUAUGUGUGAGAAUCUAUAUAUAAUUAUAUAGAAGUUGUGCCUUUUUUGUUUGCAUUAUUAUGUUACUAGUUAAUUUUGGGUGGGGGAGCUCAUUCCACUUACUCUCUGGUUCUGUGCUUUCAGUGCAUUCUGGGCCAGUGUGUAAUGCAGAAGGGUAGGUAGGCUGUUAAGGGUAGGAGUGGGAUUCCUCAUACAGUGGGGCCUCUGUUCACUGCUCAAUGCUAACCAUUGUUAACUUGGCUCACCCACUGUCUUUCUCCCCCUCCUUUUCUCUCAAUAUUUCUUUCUGUCUCAUCUCUUCCAGUCUCUUUCUGUGGUUUGUUAUAAUCAUUUAUUUAUGAGGUGAACAUAUGUUCUUCAGAACAAUGAAGUGUAAAACUGAUGCACCCCUGUGUUCAGUAGUUGUGUUCAUUGGUUUCUGCAUACAGACAAGCUUUUGAAUUUUGCCCAUAUCCAUAUGUAAAUGUAGCAUACAUAAUUUGUAUUUCUGCAUAUUAUUAUCUGCUUUAUUUGAAAACAUGCUUUGUUGCACAUAUUUUUUUUAUGGAAUAUUCUACAACCGUUAGGAAGUGAAAAAAUAAAUAAUUAAAACGUAGACUUAAUGUUGAUCAUCCAUCAUCUUGGUCCGGAUUUAAGAAUGUUUAGAAUUGGUGCUUUUUGCGUGGCCAGAUGUGCUACUCUCGCUUUGGAGCUAAACCUGUCAAAACUGACCCAUGGCUUCUGCAGCUGUGAAAAUCCUUGCUUGUUAUUCAGACAUCACUGUCUGCUUUCCUGUGUUGUCUGAUAUAAUUUCAUCAAGGUAAAAUCCAAUUUUCAAAUGAAAAAAAUAAAUGUUGAGUUACUAAGCUUUUUUGUGGGGUCCAUUAAUACACAUACAUUUUAAAAGCCUUACAACACAAUUAUGAAGCUGCGUGUGAAACAUAAUUAUAUAAUGCUAUAAUUUUCUCAUCCUUGUUAACUCUUUCAUGUCAAGGGUUUUAGUCCUGGCGUUAAAUUUUAUCUAAUGGAAUAAAAGUUGCACCAAGUGUGUAAACAAUAAAAACUCAAGUUUUAAUUGCUUGAUUUGGCCAAACUGUAUACGAAUAUAUAACUACAACAUUGCACACUCUAAUAGUGCAAGUACCUUCACUUCCCUUAUAUUUUACCGAUACUCAAAAUAGCGCAUAUUGCUCAUUAAAUCUUUUUUUCUUAAAUGUUAGCAGGUAUUGAAUAAUCCUUCUCUGCGUUAACACCUGGACGCAAAAUGUUGGUGUACUAAGCUUGUAACAGCCCCUGGGUUAUUUUCAGCAUAAUUCAUAGGAAUUAUGUAAUUCCUGUGAUUUAUUUAUUGUGACUUCAAGAAAGCUAUUUUUGUUCUUACAUUACAUGGUAAUAAGAUCUUCCAGUUUAUUGAUAUUGUUUAAUGCCAUGUCUGAAGCAGGCCAGAGGCAGCAGAAAAGUGGUCCCUUUUCUCCAUGCAGUUCUCCCUUAAUGAACCCACUGACGUGGGAGCCACUGAUGCUCGCUGCUCAGCCAGUCAAUCAAUGAGCUAGUUCACACCCUUGGCAUUUUAACAAGACAAACGUUAUAAACAUAAACAGUGCUAUACGUAGUUAUGUUUACAUACUCAUCAAUUACACAGAGGAUACAUAAUGAUGGGCUGUAUAUGAUGUGAAAAUAAUGCCAUUGAGAGAUUCUGGGGCCAUCAAAAAUCACUUGUUUCCAGAACUCUUUCAUGGCACAAUUUGUCCCUAAUACAAGCUUUACAUUUAUAAAUAUUUUAUAAAACAUUCAUUUUAAUUUCUUUAAAUAUUUUUAUUGCCAUUUUUUCAUAGCAGCUUGAGAACUAGACAUGUUUAUUCCUUGACAUUCUUCCUACUGUAGGAUCCAUCUAAUAUUAGAAAUUUACAAAUAAGCUAUGUUUGGCCUAAUUUUGCAAUUCAGUUUUCAGUUUACCACACUUUGGUGUUUAGUGGAUACACUCCAUUAAUUAGAAUUUUAUCUGGUAGGACAAAAUCAUAAGCAAAAUCAUUCAUACUCUUUACACUUAUAGACUUUGUACAAGCCGUGAUAAGUACCACAUUUAUUUAACUAACCUAUAGUCCACCUAUAAAAAAUACAAGUUUAAUAUAUUUUACUCACCUUGUUUCCAGGACCAAGACACUGUUGUUAAAAGCCCCUGUCUGUCUCGGUCUUAGUCAGAAAGCAUUCUGACACCUUCUCAUCCAAUCCUAUGGUUCUCAUAGAGAUGCAUUAUGGAUGAUAAGCACAUGUGUGGUAAGUAGUAUGAGAAGCAUUGAUUGAAGUAAUGAGUCUGACUCAUGGUUAUAACAGCGGAAUUACCGUCUAGGGACUGCCAGGAAGACAAACACUUCUAGUAGCUGUCUUCCUCACAGUCACUAGACCAGGGGUGUCUAAGUUUUUUCUGCAGUGGGCCACUUCGUCAGAAAUGUUUGUGUGCAUGGGCCAUACUAAUUUUUUGCUGAGAGAAAAUUUGGCCUUUUAGCUGUGUAAUACAAGUCAAUACUGGCUUAAGCUUGGUGCACUUCUGUCUUCCUUCCUUCUGACUUCAUGCACAGUGUAGAGAAGGGAUUAUGUGCGCUUCACUAUCUGCGGUGCUCUGUGUCCACGAUGCUGCUUCAAGUUUAACUUACACGUGCAGGGCCAAUGCAAGGAAUGUUUGCUACAAAGGCGAAGAUGCAUUUUCUUCCCCGUCCUCCCCAUGUGUCCCUUAAUCUUCCCUCUUGAAUUUCUUACCCGCUUUUACCGCUCCUUUGAAUGUCUUACAUCUUUUAGUAUAUCUAAUCCCCCAUUUUUUUCCCUUUAUGCGUCUCUUAAAACCCUUUCUGUGUCUCUCACUCCCCACAGCCCAUUUGUGUGUCUCUUUCUAUCCGAGCUCUGUUGUGUGUCUCUUACUUCACUCAGCCCCUUUGUGUGUAUCUUUCUCCCCCAGCAUAUUUGUGUGUAUCUUUUGUCCCUUCUCCAGCCUCUCUGUGUGUCUCCUCCCCUUCUCCCAGACUCUUAUUUCCCAUCCACUGUGUGCUUCUUCUUCCCCAGCUCCUUUUGUGUAUCCCUUUCUCAUCCCCUCUAUGUCCCUUUCUUCCUCCAGACCCUCUGUAUGUCUCUUCCCCUAGCACCUUUUUUCUUUCUCCUCCCAGCCCAAUCUGUUUCUCUUUGUCUCCCCAGCACCUCUGUGUAUCUCUGUCUCCCAGAAGCCCAUUGUGUGCGUGUCUUUUUCUACCUUCUGAACCCCUUUUUGUCUCUUCCCCCCAGCACCUUGUCUCUUUAUUCUCUCAGCCUCUUCGUGUGUGUGUCCCAGGCCCUCUGGGUGUCUCACCCCAGUCCCUGUCUAUCUUUUUUGCCCCUUCCAUAGCCACUGUCUGUCUCUUUUGCCCUUUCCCCAGCCCCUAUGUGAUCUUUCUCCCCCCGUGUGUCUUUGCCUUGCCCCCCCCAAACCCCAAAUCCCCUCUCUGUCUCUUUUGCUGGCCACCAGCUCACCUUUACUGUAGACGAGCAGCGGUAGAGGAACUUCUAUUUCCUCUCCCUGGUCUGAUAGGAAGCUCUGUGAGGACUCACUGUCAUACUGGGUAGAGGAUUCAGAAGAUUUCUACCACGGUUCGCUGCUCAUCCAUGCUACAAUGACUGAUUGGCUGGAGGGGAGCGCUGUGCUGUGCCCUAUCCUCUUGCCGCUCAAACAGAACUUUUGCACGUGUGGUUGGAGAAGCGGUAACCACUGCAGAUCUUUCGAAGGCCACACCCCAAUGUCUGGCGGGAAGCAUAUUGGACGCCCCAGCACCAGAUGGUAAUUCCACUACUAGAAGUGUUUUUUAGUUCUGCAAUGUAAUGUAAUGUUUUAGAGUAAAGGACUAAAACUAGAGGGCCACUGCACCCAAACCACUUCAUUGAGACAAAGUGGGCUGGGUGCCUGUAAUGGCAUGGUUUCCACCGGCAAUGGUCCAAUCUAUCUCGGGGACCUGAUGCACGUGCGCAACUAGCACCAUGCGCUCAUCCAAUUCUUCUCUUAGGAAAGCAUUCAAAGUGCUAAUAAGCUACAACAUCACAUGAACACGUUUUUCUGGGAGACAUCCACAAGAGAUGUGUUUAACCCUGCAAUGUAAACAUUGCAGUUUCUUAAACUGCAAUGUCUUUCAUUGCAAGGAUAAAAUGACAGGACCACUGCAUCUAAACCAGUGGCUUUAGUAAUCCUUGAAGACAUUCACGUUUUUCAUCUUCAUGUUUAGUGUUAUCAGGCACAAUGUGAAGAUAAAACAGGAAUAAAAAGCGCUAACUCCAAAGGCAGCAGAAUAAGGUCUGUAACUUUGAUACCCUAAUAACCCAAGAGGAACAAGGAAAAAAAUGCAGAAAAAAACAGACUGCGCCAAAUAAUAAAUGCUAGAUAAUAUUAUACUGAUAUAUAUAUAUAUAUAUAUACACACACACAAUAUUAUAUAUACAAAUAUUGAGAUAUGACAAUAAUAAAGAGUCCCAGCAGAAAACGUUUUUUUUGCAGAUAAGAAUCUUUUGAAGGUAGUUCUUUUUUGGAGGUCAGUCUGUUAUCCUCCUUAGUGUUAGAAUAGACACAACUUUAGUGCAGAUGAGGAAUUCUGUUGUUGGUGUAAGGAUAGAACUUCUAUUCAGCUCUUAGACUGUGAUCGGUACAAUUCCCGCUCAAGGAUAAAUCUGGAGCUGUCCUCUUUUGAUGUUCACAGUGUAAACAGCAUAUGAAAGGAAUAAAACGAGAUAUAGUGCUAACUGUUUCAAGCCAUAUUACUUUUUUAAAAAUAUAUAAAAUCUACUCUCAAUUUCAAGAGCACAUUUUGCUCAAUGAUAUCAGCUUGGGUGGUAUGAUCUCCACCAAGGUUAUAUGUAGGUAGAUGUGGAGGUUCUUUUAGAUUAAAAAAUAAAAUGCAGAAUAAAAAAUAAACAUAACAUUUUGAGGGUAAAAACAAUGUUUACUGUAAUAUACCACACAAAAUAAAAACAGAUAAAAAAAAAGUCCUUCUAUAUAAUCACAACGCGUUUCACACAUAGGCUUUCUCAGAUUAUCAAAAUAAAAGCAGGUAAAAAAGUCCUUCUAUAUAAUCACAACUCGUUUUACCCAUAGGCUUUCUCAAGUGAUCAUACCACCCAAGCUGAUAUUUUUGAGCGAAAGGUGCUCUUGAAAUUGUGAGUAGAUUUUAUAUAUUUUUUAAAAAGUACUAUUGUUUGAAACAGUGAACACUAUAUCUCGUUUUAUUCCUUUCAUAUGCCGUUUACAUUGCAGUUACAUUGUGAACAUCAAAAGAGGACAGCUCCAGAUAUAUCCUUGAGCAGGGAUUGUACCGCUCAGAGCCCUCUCUAAGAGCUGAAUAGAAGCUCUCUCAUUACACCAACAGAAUUCCUCAUCUGCACUAAAGUUUUGUCUACUUGAACACUAAGGAGGAUAACAGACUGACCUCCAAAAAAGCACUACUUUCAAAAGGUUCUUAUCUCCAAAAAAGACUUUUUUCUGCUAGGAUUUUUUUUUAAUUAUUAUUAUAUCACAAUGCGAAGAUGAUGGACACUGCUAAUGAUUCAAAGGUUCUUAUAAGAACCACCGGAUUUGCACAGUGUGCUCUGUUAAUCAUCAGAAUUUCCCUUUGAGAAGCAUCUGAUCAUCAGAACUGUUAGUCUGACGAGAGAGUGGGUUGCAGUGAGGAAGCUGACUCGGCACUGGAUUACCGGAAAUUUACUUUUUUUUUUUGCAAACUUUUUUCACACAAAGGGGACUCAUAAUCUAAUUUAUCAUAGGAACAUUCUAAAUAAAUAAAAAUAUGAACUUUUAAUUAUGAGUGUUCAUUUCACAAUCUGAAAGUAAGCAUUCACAGCAUUUAAUGAAAAUUUCUCAGAGAGGGUGCUAGAUGCCCAUAACGUUUUAUAUCAUUAUAGCCAAUAAAUAAUUCAAAAUAAAAUUCCCUUCACACUUGUUUAAAGAGGCAAUCCUUUUUAUUACUUUUUACAGCCAAGUAUAUCUGAAUUGAAUCUGAACUGAAUUGAAGUAUAUGCAACAUAAGGAUAACUGAAAAGUCCUAUGAAACAAGAAAUUUUGUUUACCAUAUAAAAUUACCAGACAAACUGUGUUUAACAAACAUUUCAUUUUUAAAACACAUCUGCAUAAGUGUAUUCAAUGUGGACAUCAGCAUGACAAAAGCACCUCAAAGGUUAUCAUUUUUAGGUAGACCACAAAAAAUCAAUAUGUAUUAUAACUGUCGUCAUUUUGUGUAAGUGAUGAAAUAUUAUCAAUGUUAUUUUUACUUCUCACCCUUCUGCUUCAGAAACUUCCUGUGAACACCAUGCAAAUUUUGUACAAAAGUGAACACAGCCUAGCAGUGACGUCAAACAAAAGUGCAUUCAUUAGCUUUGCUAUCUCAUAUGAAAGGAAAAAAAUAACAGUUCAGGUUAUUGUUUUCAAAGCAAAAUUACUGUCCCUAUUUUUUACAGGCCUGCUGAUAAAGGUCUGUCUAGAUUGCACCCUCUUACAAAUGCUAUAAGCACACAAAAUCUUCUAUUCACUCUAGUGCUAACCUUAUGUGUUUACAUAUAGCACUUGUGCUUGUGUGUGAAAUUACGUGCACUUGUUUUGUUCUGUUAGUUGUACAGCUUUCUGUAAUGUCUAUGCCCUAAGGAAGCAUGACAUAAGUUGAUAUGGGAAAAUGUGAAUUAAAUGUCUGCUAGCGCUUCUAACACAAAGUGUAGAUUUAUGGGUCUUGAUGUGACAUCAGUGAGUUGUACUGAAUGAGGAACCUGCUUGCCAAAUAAGGAUGAACAUAACAAAGCGUAGGGAAACAAAAGCGCUUAUUUUGCUGAAAGUUGAGUUUUUCUUUGCACCUGGGCUGGCUUCGCAGAAAUGUUGCUUGUCAAUGUACCACUCACUAUUACUUAAUAAACCCCUUUGUAUAACUGGUAUACUUUAACAUGAUUUUUAUUUAAUUUUUUUAUAAUUCUGUUUUGACGUUUAUACAUUUCCCAUGUUGCUUCACAUGCAAAAAUCUAAAAAAUUCAGCCGAAUUAGUCUGCAUUGAAUGCAAGGUAAUUUCACAACAGUCUUGUGUUUCCUACAGAUAGUAGAGGUGUAUUUAUUAGGGGGGAGCACACUAGAUGAUGUUUACAGGGUUAUUUGCUAAAGUGUGUAUUGAAAAAAAAUGAAUUCACUGUGAAUUUCAAAUUUAAUAUAGCUGACCUCAAAAAAUAACUGUAAUGGAGAAUGCUGCUAAUUCAGUGAUAUUUUUUUUUCCUGCAAUUUGAAAUGUGUUAUACAUUAAUGUCAGUUCACACUUUAGUAAAUAACCCUGGCAGUUAGAUACUAUAAUGUGCUAUUACAUCCCAAGUGACAGAUGCACUUUAAAACCACUUUAGUUAGUUUUUGGUUAAGCUACAAGACAUAAGGAGCAGUGCUUCAUAAAGGGGGCUAAAUGUUCACUUUCAUUAAUUAUUCAUCAUGUUUAUUAACUGUUUCCAGAUGCACCUGAUAUUUUCCCAUUUUGUAUUCAAAACACAUUUAACAUGACUGUGGGCAUAUUAGAAAUACAUCAUCAUUAUAAUUUUAUAAUUAGGCAAUGCCUACAUUCUUAACAUUGGAAAUUAUGUUGCAAUUCUGGUAUCAAUAGGACGUGCUCUUCUAAAAUAAGUGGCUUUUUAAAACUGCCAUAAAUCUGUUUAAAAGGGAACUGUCACGUCACUAGGUUUUCAGUGUCAUGUAUACAUAUUACCCAUAUUUAACAAAUAUGUUUGCGAGUCUAUUCUACUCCAUUCUGGAACAUAUUGUCUCCCCACAAAGCAUUGUUUGAAAUAAGCUCUGCCUUUUGUAGCCAUCAGUCAGCAGAGAACAAUUAUAAAGACAAAAGGAAAAACAGAAAAAUGUUUUAUUUCUCUUCCUCCAACGUAAUGUUCCUGGCUGUGCCUGGAUUGUGAUGUCAAUUGGUAAAUGUUUAAUAUACAUUAAAAAAAAAAAAUAGAAAAAAAGAGCAUCACAUGCAGAACGGCUAACACAAGUUAUAGGUGACUUGCAAUGUUUUAUUCCAUGGUGUAAUUUCUAGAAAAGUGACAGUUCCCUUUUAUGCUUUUCUUUUGACAUGCAAUUUACAUAGCUCAAAACACUAGUGUUUAACCUGUGCAUAGAAAAUAAUCAGAUAGCGUGACAAGCAAUAAAGAACAUGUUGCUUUUUGUCAAAAGAACACUAUACAAACGUGUUCCUGACACUAUAGUUUCAAACUAUUUGGUUCCUCGGCCCCCUUCAGAUCGCAUGAGAAAGGUGAGUUUACUUACCUUGUUUCCCACCUCGCACAGGUCUCGCCACGGCUGGUCCCGCCAAUCCAAUGCUUUCCUGUAGGAUUGCAUUGGGAGGUUAUUGUGCAUGUGCAGCAAAACAUUGCAAUGUGCCAAUCAGCAUCUCCUCAUAGAGAUGCAUUGAAUCAAUACGUCCUCUAUGGGGAACGUUCUGUGCCUCUGUAGCACUGACACAGGAAGCACCUGUAGUGGCCAUCUAAGUGACUGAUACUCAAGGUGUAACUAGCCAGCAAAUGUAGUGUUUACAGUGCUAAAGCUGCAGGGACAGCCUAUAGACCCCAAAAGCACUACAUUAAGCUGUAGUGGUUCUGAUGGCUAUAGUAUCCUUUUAAUUCAUAACAGCAACAGAAAAUGCUUCUCCUUUGUGUAGAAUGACUAAAGGAAAUUGCAAAAAACUAUAGCUUAUUUCUAACAAGUAGAUCUUUGAUUGCCUUCAAAAGUGUCAAAGUAUGUAAUCUUCUUCUUUAAGUUCCAAUAUUAUGUUCACUUCCCUUUAUGUUUAACAAAAACAUUUUUGUGAGGUUGGAAAAAUAAAAUUAAAAAUUAAUUUCCAUAUCUCUUUAUCCUGCAACUGGGCUCCUCCAUAUUAGUAUUAUGUCAAUCAUUGUGAUAAGCUCUGUCCUUUGCUAUAGUCAGUUAGCAGAGAUAAAACAGGGAGAGAAGAAAUUAAAAAUGUUUUUGUUUUUCUUAAUCAUUAGCAACAUUUGCCUUGGCAUUGCCUGCAUUGAGCUGGAUUAUGAUCUGCAUUCGGUAGUGCAUAUGAUGCCAGAUGUACCCUGGCCCUGUUUUCCGGUAAUGGGUCAUAUAUUUUUGCAACAGUUUCUCUUCUUACCUGGGUCGCCUCCAAGUGCUGAGGUCCUCUAUGUCCAGUGGCAUGCAUACAGCUUCUACUACCACCAGCCAUCUAUCGGCUGGGUGCGUCUGCUGACCACUAUCAGCCAAUAAGUGCAACUGUGUGCAUUAAAAUAUGCACAGAAUUGACAUUAACCAGCCUGAAAUUCUUGUUAUGGGCUGGCUAAUGGCACUUCAAUGAUGCUGCACAGUGGAGUUACACCUUCAGCAGCAGAAAUUAAACUCAGUAUGAGCAGCGUCAUACAAACUCCAGGCACCAUGACCACUUUAAAUCACCAAAGUGCUCAUGGUACUUGGAGUAACCCUUUAACUGAAGCAAUGUGAAACUGGUGCAUGGUUGUGUUUUGACAUUUUUGGAUAUUGCAACUUCAACUGAACCUAUAAUUUGAGUCUAUGGUGAAAAUCAUAUUUUAAUGCAUGAUAUAUAUUUACAACACAAAAUGCAGUAGAAAAUCACAUCUAUUGUGCAAGACAUUAAUAUCUAUUUAUAGGCGUCUCAUGCUUACGAUGCCUGAACCACGGUAGGACUCUUUGUUAUUUGCUAGAUUUGUCGUGAAACUGAUUUCCCCUGAGGCUUAUCUUAUUUCGCUCGUCUUAUAGAGAAGGCUGCUAAUAAAGUGCCUGCACUGUUAUUUAAUCUACCCAGUCUACUGCAUGUGAGUUAACUCUGUGUCAUUUUAUAGCGGACCUUGUACCAUUGGCUUGGUCCCAGGGAGGAUUUCGCCUCAAGCUAAGAGCUGCUCAUCGAUAAAGCUUCUAGCUCUUACAGUUAGUGUAGUGGUAAUGGACUUCCUCUAGGAAAAGGGUGUAGAAUAUUCUGGUUUUAACAGGAACUAAACAUUUUAACCCUAUAAGGAUCCAUUUCCCAUGGAACGUAAAAUCCUGUAUGUGCCACUUCGUUCGGCAAUGUUCAUAUAAAUAUUCUUCAAGUAUUACAGAAUGGAGUUAAAAUCACAUCUGCUGUUAUGUAGUUUGCAUAUUCCUAUAGGGUCUUUACAAAUAGCAAGUAGAAAUAAAAAUGUAGUCUCUCGUUUUAUGAGCCGGAUGUUCUGUUCCUUUCAGACUGCUAAACAUUUAUAUGUGUGAUAUCUUUGGCCAUUUUAUAGAGGACUGUAAUAUGUUGUCACAGAGGAAAUAUUCAUAUUCUUUUAAGAUAAGUACUGCAUUGCGUGCAUUUGUGGCAUGUAAUAUCCAAUGGUAAAACGUGCAAGGUUGUAAUACUUUACCUUUUAUUGAUUGUUUUCUGUAUCCUCUCUGUUUGCAAAUGGUGCACCACGUGGAGAUACGGUACAAGAAAAUCUCUUUCCCUCUCCUCUUCUACCACUAUUAUUCACUCUACACUGAAUUUUAGCAAAAUAAGACCUCCAUUUAAUAUUCUUAGAUAAGAUAUUCAAAUAAUUUGAUAUUUUUUAAAUAAACUUUAAUAAUGAUUUAAUAAUUUGAUAUUUUAAUAUUUAAAAAGUUUAUCCAAAAAUAUUAGAUUAUUUGAAAAGCAUAUUCAAAAAUAAUAAAUCAAGGCCUAAAUCUGAAUGGCAAAAUCUAGGUUAAAAUAGCCAAGCUAAAAUUGAGAUUUUUUUUGCCGUUCAUCAAUUUUUGACAUUCGGAUUUAAUCCACUAAAAUUCAGGCCAUAGAUAGUGCAUUACCCUGAGCAAAUGCUUUUCUGUGCUGACACAUCUCUUCUAGGCCUCCCUGUUUUAUCAGUUCCUCAAGGCAUGUAUGUAUGACAAAAAGUGACAAGCAUAUAUAAAAGUGUUAUUAACUAUAACAAGCUAAAUUUACAAAAAAUAUGUUUACAGUAUAGCUUUGCUUAUUCUAGAGCAGAGAUGAGCAACAUUUGCCCUUUAUCUGUUUUAACUACAAUUCCCAUAUUUUUCUUCGUCACUUGACCAGCAGUGAAUUAGGGGACAUAUAGUCCAAUAAAGGUGGGAGAAUCCAAGAAAGUGGGGAAAAUAAAUAAAUUAUUUAAAUGGAUGGGGAACAUAGUUUUUACUAGUAAGCAACAGAAAGUCUUCACAGCUAAGCGGCAUUUCUGUUCAGUUUUAUGACUAAACUCAUAUUUAUUGAGAUAUAUUUGUCUGAUAUUUAGAAGAGAAUAAAUGAUUUACAGAAACAUGUGUAGCUAGAUACUCCAGAGAAACAAUUAGACAAUAUUCUAAGAUGAAAUGGGGGUGCUCAGACAUCCAUGUAGGAUGUGGUCUAUUGUUACAUUAUUUUAGAUGUUAUCAUGGGACCUGUACUCAGCCUUAAGGACCCCAUUACCCUUAUCACUGGUUCCCUGUCUGACAGAAAAAUGUAUCUAUUUUAAAGUCUUGUUAUGGUAUGACUUCACUCAGACACUGUAUGUGGCUGCUUCCUUAUUUUGCAACAAUUUCAGUUCCUCUUCACCUCUAUACCACUCAAGGACCACAGCCUCCUCUGUGCUUUCAUAUCUCACGCUCUCUCCGGGCCGAAAAAGUCCCCUACACAAGCCGUCUCGUUAAUCAAUCGCUCUGUAACUGUCUCUUUUUUAAGGUACAUUUUUUUCUCAAUUCCGGUUUCCUUCCUGUUCGAUUUUCUGAGCUCCUAUUGUUUAAACGAUCAAAUGUUUAUUUGUUAUGCUAGAUUUUUUCAUAAAGCAUUUGUUUGAGCCGUAUGCAUCAUACAUAAAGCUAAAAUAAUGUAUAGGAAACAGAAAGAGGCAAAGCUACCAGGAAAGGAUGCAAUUAAUAUUAUGCAAUGCUAAAUGAAUGCUAUAAAUACCAUUAGUACAGGCAAUAUAGAACAUACUUAGAUACCUACAAUAAAAACCAGAGAACAAAGAGUUACCUGCGCACAAGCCCAAAUUCCUAUGCAUAUUUGAAUAAAUGGAGGUUAUUUAGUAACUCCCUCGGGCCAUUAGAUACAAGCCCACCUGCCACGUCAAAGCAAACCUCUUAGGUGGGUCCUACACAAUUCACCUUGCUUCCCUCAGCUUCAGGCAAAUAAAUCUCUAAUGAGACAGAGGGGUAUUUUUCUAAACCCCUACAUCAGGGGUAGGCAACCUACGGCACUAGUGCCAUGCACGGCACUCAGGGCUGCUAGAGCCAAACAGGCUCUGGCCUAUCAGGAGUCCCAGGUAAACUUCAGAUAUCUGCUAAUGCAAAAAGGUGGUGAAGGGAAAUCUUUAAUUUAUGCAUUGCAGCACGUAGAGGAAGUUGUCUCAGAUCACUUCAUUCCAGCACUUUUGAAUGGGAAUCCACAAUGGAGUAGAGCAGCCCACAGCUGCUGUUGCAGCUCCUGUCCUUGAGCUGUACCUGGCCACCCACACAGCUAGAUAUACACAGAGCUACAGAAUUACCCUCCCCUCAUACAAAUAAUACGAACAGCCCACACACAAACACAACACACAAUCCGUUCAAACUUAACACCACUGACAAUCCACAUACAUGCACACAACCCCACAUGCAGCCUCUCACAUGCAAAACCCCAAACAGCCCCACAAUACCACAAACUACUCAAACAUAUACAAUAUAAUAGCUCAUAUACGCACAAAUACAACGAUACAAAGUAACUACAGUAUACGUAACAAGCAGAAUACAGCAACAUACACCCCUCAAUUUAAGAAAAUAGGACCGGCACGCUACCGGACAUCACAAUCCUAUUUCGGCACCGUGCUGCUAAAAGGUUGCCUACCUCUGCCCUACAAACUUAUUAAGCCUAAACACAUGGCCGUCCAGGAUUUGUAUUCACUUUUGUAUCACACAGCCAUGUUACGAUGCUGCCACCCACCCCAUGUGUUCCCUUUUAAGUGCUAAUAAGUAUGUAGGGGUUUAGAAAAUCACCCUCUCUGUCUCUUAAAUAUACCUAGGGAUUUGGGCUAGUGCACAGUUAACUCUUUUUUUCUCUGGUUUUUUAUUGGAUGUAUUGGGGCUGAUGUGUGCUAUGGUCAUUGCUGCUGCCCAGGAGUAGUGGGAGUUUGAGCGCAGGACUUAUUUUUGUAUACUUAGAUACCUACCUACAUUUGUUUAGAACAGCGGUUCCCAAACUGUGUGCUGCGUCGCCCUGGGGCGCCGGGACAGGCACACAGGGGUGCCGCGGAACGUUUCUCCCGGUGCUAUGGUUAUAGCACCGGUAAACAUUACUGCUGAACAGGGACCCGGUUUACUAAUUGACAUGCAAAUCAAUUUAUAACUUUUUUGACAAGUGUUUUUCUGUAUUUUUUGUUGUUGUUGUUAUUCUGUCUCUCACUGUUAAAAUACACCUACCAUUAAAAUUAUAGACUGAUCAUUUAUUUGUCAGUGGGCAAACGUUCAAAAUCAGCAGGGGAUCAAAUACUUUUUCCCCUCACUGUGCAUUACAGCCUAGGGAUAUCUCCACUGGCCACUCCUUAUGUGGCUAAUAUAUGUGCUUCCUGGGGCAGUGCUGCCAUUCAGUGUCUCCACCCUCUGCAUGGAGACAUUGAACAUUCCUCAUAGAGAUGCAUUGAUUCAUUGCAGCUCUAUGAGGAGAUACUGAUUGGCCAGGGCUGUAUUUGGCUUAUACUGGCACUGCCCCUGAUUUGCUUUCUUGACAAGCUCAGCCAAUCCAAAGCUUUCUUAUGUGAAAGCAUUGGGAUUGGCUCAGAACACCACUUCUGAUGAUGUCAGCCAAGCAGGCAGAUCAGGGGCAGAGCCAGCAGAAGCAGACUGGGUCAAGGGGUGGGGGACUAGAUUGUGGUUUUACCACUAUAGUGUCAGGAAUACAUGCUUGUUUUCCUGACCCUAUAGUGUUCCUAAUUUACAAUAGUGCCAAUUCUUCUCCCCUCUCUGGCACUGAACUAGUUCACAGCUCUACUAUUAGAUGACCAAAUAAUUUCAUACCACUAACAUUUCAAACUUAUUCUAAUUUUAUUACACAGCUCAGUUUAAAGGCACUGAAAAGGCGGUGUUUGCAUGAAAAUGCCUUAAGGGAAUGAUUAUGCUCACCAGAAAGAAACAACAUUAAGCUGUAGUUGUUCUGGUGACUACAGUGUCCCUUUAAGGCUUACAAAACAUUAAGAGCUACCUUUUUGGCAAUCCUCUACAUUAACCAAUUUUCUUACGGGCUUGCUGAGUAGUAUGUCUGUAGCUACUGCCCUAAGCAUGACCUACAGAAUAUAGAGAAUUAGUAAAUCUUCGACUUGCAAUUUAUUUUUAAUUACAAUAUGGAACUAGGAUAACUGUCUGCAAGGAACUGCAAAGUGAUAUAUUCAUAUACCCACUUGUUUUCAAAGGGUUAUCAAACUAUCUGUGUCCAGCUUAAUUAGAAAUGAAUAAUUUUCCUAAUUUCUUUCUUUUUGCAGACUAGGAGACAUUGAGUGAUCUCUGUCAAUCAGUUGAGAUUAUGAAAACUACUGCAUUAUCCUUAAUGGGGUAGAUAAAGAUUGUAUCUGAAAUCUUGUAUUACUGCCAUGAGUCACAAAAUGACAUACAAGGUUCAAAGGAAUUUAGAAUUAAACUGAUCAGGUGAAGAAAAACCAACAGAAGAUGUAAUUGAUUAAGUGGUUCAAGUAAAAGAAUUUCAAGAGGAACUAUUGAGCGAGGCAAGCAAACUGUGAAAAGUGAAAAACUAGCAAGAACGCAUACAGUAUCAACCAAUCAAAGAAUAAGAGAGAAGUUUAAAAUAUAUGUUGUCAAUAAAUGAUUGGAGGCAUCGACAGUGAAAUGAAAAACAACAAAGAAAUUAGUCAUGUGCCGUGACAGACAGCUGAACAGUGAAAUACAGUAGACAGGGAAGUAAAGGAGAUAUACACUCAGCAACUUAAACAGAUAAAAGCAAGCAAGCAAAGUAAAGCAGCUGAACAACAAAAGGACGAAAAAGAGUGUAUACAAUAUCCCAAAGAAAACUGAACAGAAUUGGAGACUUCAGACAGGCGACAUGGCAAAGCCAACAAUUUAAACAUUACCAAUGAGUGCCUUCUCAUGAAAUGCAGUCCGAUGACCUCUUUGUGCGUAAACUGCGCCAUCCCCCAACCCGAUCCUCCCCUCACAAGAGUCCUCGUGAGUCAAAAUCUUUAAUAGCUACAGGGAACAGUAAACACAACGGAGGGGGACGUUCUCUUUCAGAAUCUGAUCCAGAUCCCAGGGAAAAAGGAACCAGUAGCCCAUCUGCCAUACGUUUUAAGGAUCCAUUCCUGUUGCUGGGACUGGCUGGGAUCAGCCAGGGGCCAUCGGCCCAAGAGGCUAAAGAAAAGCCCCCUGAAGGAUGUCCGGUAGCCCAACGACCCAAGAGUUUUGCUCACCAUGAUGUUCAAAGCAUACUGUUUGAUCCUUUUCGAAAAGGUGAAUCUGAAAGUCGAAAAAAUGUUAGGAGCGGAGCUUCAGCAGCCUCGCAGCUUAGAACUUGUACUUCAUCACCAAGAAGAUCUUUGUCAUCGCCUGAGGAGCCAGGAGAUCCAGGUGAUGGCAAGGACAAUGAGCUUCUCCUCAGCUGUCCCUAUUUUCGCAACGAAAUAGCUGGAGAGAGCUUUGAUGGACAAAAGGACCCAGGAUGGAAUUUCUGUACUUCUUUUACUUUGCACAGUCCUCACAUCACCUCUCCUGUGAGGGGUCCUAAUGCAGCUGUAUCUGUGCUGGAAGAAGCUAGGGAAAGAAUGAGAGACAGUAGCUACUUUGUGGAGUAUCAAGAUCUGGGUGCAUUAUAUUAUCGAAAAUAUUUUUACGGCAAAGGUUAGUAAUAUUCAGUUUUUUAAAUGUUUCUCUUUAAACCAUUUUAGGCUGGUUUUAUAUGUUCUUUCUGUUCUAUGCUUUGUUUAUGUUGGGACAUUUGUAAUAUUAAUUUUGUCUCAUAGAUAUAAGAGAAAAUGCUCAUAGCAAAAUGACAAAUGUUAAUAAAAUACUAACAGGGUUAUUUACUAAAGUGAGAAUUCAAAGGGAAUUUAAAGGGACACUGUAGUCACCGGAACAACUACAGCCUAAUGUAGUUGUUUUGGUGUUUACUGCAUGUCCCUGCAGGGUCUUCAAUGUAAACACUGCAUUUUCAGAAAUAAGGCACAAUUUACAUUACUGCCUAGGAACACCUCUAGAGGCAGUCACUCAGACAGCCACCAGAGGUGCAUUCAGCGUCUCCACGCUUUGCAUGGAGGCGAUAAACAUUCCUCAUAGAGAUGCAUUGAUUCAAGUCUUCAAACUUGAGAUCAUCAUGUUUGAUGAUCUCAGCCAAGGUGGUGGAGCGUGGGUUAAGCCAGCCACAACAUACUCGCAUGGUGCUGGAAAAAGGUGGGUUAACUCACCUUUUUAACCGGUGAUAAGGGGGAUCGUUAACCUAAACUAUAGUGUCAGCAAUACACGUUUGUAUUUCAGUAGCAGAACUGAAAGCAUAGCUGACUUCCAAAAUUUUUCCAGUUCAGCUAUUUUAAACUUAAAUGCAAAAUUCACUUUAAAUUCUCACUUUAGUGAAAAAAAAUAUAAAUAUCCAAGUUCACAAGGGAUCCAUUUGAGUUAAAAUAUUUCCAUGUGUUUAGAUAUAUCUAAGAUUUGGGACUAACUUCCAAAACAUGUGGAAGGUUUUACAGUAUUUGUAUUUUAGUUAAUACUUACUUUGCUAUUAUACUUCCUAUCUUUACAUGCCAGCUUUUCUGUUUCCAACAAAAUGCACCUAAAAGACAACUUCUGUAUUAACCUUUAUAAUUUUUAGGUUUGUUUAUUUUUUAAUCCAUUUUUACUCUAUAUUUAUUUUCCUUCUCAGAGCAUCAGAACUUUUUUGGGAUUGAUGAACGUUUGGGACCUGUUGCUAUAAGCUUACGGCGUGAUGAGAGAGAGGGACCACAAAGUAUUCAGUACAAUUACCGAAUAGUUUUCCGUACUACAGAGGUAAGCAAUGUUUCCUUCUUUGUCAAGCGCUUACACCUUUUUGAUUUAUUGCAUCCACUAUUAUUAGACAUUUCGGCCUUUUUGAUGAAGAUAUGUUUUUCUCUUAUAAAAGUUGUCCAGAAUUAUAUUCAUGCCAUAUUUCCUCUUGGUUUCAUUUUAAAGAGACUCUGUAAGCAACAUGUUGCAAUUUCCUGCAUCUCAUUUCGUUAUGGCUUCUUGUUAAUGUGUGUGUUCUCUGUUUAAAGUUAAAAACUCUCCGUGGAUCUAUUCUUGAAGAAGCAUUCCCGCCAACAAUCCGAACAAACUCCUCAAGAGCCAUCUCUCCAAAGAAAUUGCUGGAAUAUGUUAUUCCAGAAGUCAGCCUGCAAUGUCUGCGUUUGGCAUCCAAUUCUCCCAAGGUGCCAGACACUUUACUAAAGUUAGAUGAGCAGGGGGUGAGUAAGACUUUAUUCUAUUUCGUUGGCGUGUAUUUUGGUAUCCAUGUUCAUUUUAAAUAAAUAGAUUUUUAAACAGUUUUCUUCAAACAUUCACACAAGGUUUUUAUGUUUUGUCAGCUUAUGUACACUGAAAAAAAUUAUAAACGCAACACUUUUGUUUUUGCCCCCAUUUUUCAUGAGCUGAACUCAAAGAUCCAAGACUUUUUUUAUGUACACGAAAGGCCUAUUUUUCGCAAAUAAUGUUCACAAAUCUGUCUAAAUCUGUGUUAGUGAGCACUUCUCCUUUGCUGAGAUAAUCCAUCCACCUCACAGAUGUGGCAUAUCAAGAUGCUGAUUAGACAGCAUGAUUAUUGCAAAGGUGUGCUUUAGGCUGGCCACAAUAAAAGGCCACUCUAAAAUGUGCAGUUUUGCCAAUAUCCAGCAACUUCGCACAGCCAUUGAAGAGGCGUGGACCAACAUUCCACAGGCCACAAUCAACAACCUGGUCAACUCAAUGCGAAGGAGAUGUGUUGCACUGUGUGAGGCAAAUGGUGAGGCAAACUGGUUUUCACUCCCCUCCCCCCCCCCAAUACAGUAAAACUGCACAUUUUAGAGUGGCCUUUUAUUGUGGCCAGCUUAAGUUGAUAUUUAAAAGUUAAUCUUCAUUUCUUUAAGUAGAACUACAUCUUCAUAGUUUUGUUUAUGUAUUGCAAAGCACUAGAGGAUGUGGGUAAGUUACUGAGUAAUACUGAAUAUAGUUUGGUUAGUCAGACUGGAGGUUUUCAGACCAGAAGUGAAGACUAAAUUAAGUGGUUGAAAGGAUGUGAUCUUUAUUUUAACCAAAUGGAACAUAAUAUAAUGAGGUUACCAAAAAUGUUCAUCUACAAUACCCCUCAGUAUUGUUCAAAGCUCCCUCCUCAGAUUUCUAAAUAUAUUUAGAUUUAGAAUGUUUGUAACCGUACAAUAAUAUAAGUGGCAGCAUACCGAAAUAUGCCAUACUGUAUUUAAUUUGCCUGAUGUAUGCUUUACUGGACGAGGUGUCCCAGAACCUAUACCACUGUGGAAAUCAUGAGCAAGUUACCUGCUUGGAAUCUUAAGAUACUAGAUCUGAGAAGGCAGCUGCAAAUGUGGGAAUGGACAUGAAAGCAGAUUACUGUUUACUGAGCAGCCACUGGAGGAGGUCACUGUAAAUAAGGUCAAGACGUGCUUAGAUAAUGUAUGUAGGGCACAGGGCUGGCAGGUAGUAGAGGAAAUGAAACUAGCGAGGUGUGCUCUAAGCUACUGCAGUUGAAGUUUGAGUGAAUAUGCUGAGAGUUAAUUUCAGAUUGUGCUUUAAUGGAGUAGAAUGAUACUCCUAUUUGCCAUAUUGAUUCACGUCUCUAGUUCACUGAUGAUGUAAGCAGUUCUAGACUGGAGCUGGUAGUAGUGAUGUUAGUAGGGUGUGCUUUAAUAUUUUGACAGAGUAAAUGUUGCCUUGUCGAAUGGUUAUUUAUUUUUUCUGUAGCACUAUACAGUAUAAAAGGGUCUCUGUGUUAGAAACUUUACAUGAAAUAUAACAAACAAGAUAAUACCUAAUGACACAGGGUUAGACGGGGUUGCCAGUUCAUGAAAUUAUCAAAGUUCAUCGUUAAAAAAAAUAUAGCAGACAUAGCAGCAGUGUGCGAUGUCAUUCUGUGGUUAGUAAGGCAUUGACAAAAACACAAUAAAAAAACAGGGUAAUUACACUCUCUAUAAAGUGCAGGUUUGGGUACCAGUUUUCAAAAAUUACGUAAUGGACCUAAUAGAAGUGCAGAAGUGGGUUACAACAUCUAAAAAAUAAAUUAUACAAAUUUGAUUAUGAAAAAAAGAUAUUAGAAAUUAUGCCUGCACUUUAUGUGUAAUAGACUGCUAGGUUAAAAAAAACAGUCCUGUGUGCAACAGAUCCCCAGCCUAUUCAGUAGAGCUUUCAAGCAAUAGAUCGCCAAUCAAAAGAAUAAUUCGGCAAGCAAUGGAACUAGCAACAGAUAUCAGAAACAUAUGUUAAAGUAUCAAUGUAUUAUAAAGGAACAAAAACAGGAUACCAGCUGAGGCCCGCACUAGUAUUCAGGGUUCCUUAUCUAUUUUUUAUUUAUUUUUUGCAUUUGUUCCAGCAAUGUCUAAAAAGCUCUGUUGGUCAUAAAAGGGUUUUACUUAUCCCUUAAUUAGCUCAUAUUUGUUUUGUGAUAUGAAGACACAUGUAUUCUGGGAAAUACGUUUCUCAAAAAACGCUUGCAAUAAAGCUCUGGAAUUAUUUGUUUCUUUAGCACAAUCCCGUGUGUUUACUUUUUCAAGUAUCAAAUCUGAAAUAUCCAUAUUUUAUAUAUUUUUUGGAUUGUUUAUUUUUUUGUCAUGAGGUUCCCCUAAAAAAGCAGGAUAGAAAAGAGUUUUCCUAAUAUAAAAAUGCUAUAGAAUUAUUGUUUGAUGCAUGGUGUUUGUGAAAUAAUAUGGGCUAAAUAUUGUUAUUACUCAUAAAGCUCCAACAUUUUCCAUAGGGUUUAUACAACUUAAAAAUAAGUUCAAAGUUUGAACCCUGAUCCAUCAAGCUUACAAUCUAAGAAGUAAUGUUGUACAUUUACACAACUGAUAAAAGCAAGAGUACAUUUUGUUCCAGGUAAAAAUGGAUGACAAAUGUAUUAUGAAGCGUAGUUUGUAAACAGUUUUUGACUACAGUAAGGGUGAAUGAAAACAAAGAGGAGAAUGUGCCAGAGGAGAGAAGUGAAUUGUUGAUAAAUCAUAAGAGGUGCAUUUUUCUUAUGAAUAAUCUGAGAAAGUCUAAUAGGCUGAGGAAGGGAAUUCCAUGAACCUUGAGCAUAUGUAGGUUACAGCACUUUUAUAAAGUGCUUUAUAGGUAAAGACUGGCCUUUUUCCCCAUUUUUUAUUUAGACUUGAGUAGUAGAUAGUGCAUUACAUAAUGACAGUGGAUAGAUUACAUGAACAUAAAACGUUAAAGGGACACUAUAGUCACCUGAACAACUUUAGCUUAAUGAAGCAGUUUUGGUGUAUAGAACAUGCCCCUGCAGCCUCACUGCUCAAUCCUCUGCCAUUUAGGAGUUAAAUCCCUUUGUUUAUGAACCCUAGUCACACCUCCCUGCAUGUGACUUGCACAGCCUUCCAUAAACACUUCCUGUAAAGAGAGCCCUAUUUAGGCUUUCUUUAUUGCAAGUUCUGUUUAAUUAAGAUUUUCUUAUCCCCUGCUAUGUUAAUAGCUUGCUAGACCCUGCAAGAGCCUCCUGUAAGUGAUUAAAGUUCAAUUUAGAGAUUGAGAUACAAUUAUUUAAGGUAAAUUACAUCUGCUUGAAAGUAAAACCAGUUUUGUUUUUUUCAUACAGGCUCUGUCAGUCAUAGCUAGGGGAGGUGUGGCUAGGGCUGCAUAAACAGAAACAAAGUGAUUUAACUCCUAAAUGACAGUGAAUUGAGCAGUGAAACUGCAAGGGAAUGAUCUAUACACUAAAACUGCUUUAUUUAGCUAAAGUAAUUUAGGUGACUAUAGUGUUCCUUUAAGUAGUAUCAGUAAGGGUUUUUUGUAUACAAUACAGUCCGUACAAGCAACAAAAGGUAGUGACAUUACAGCACAAUCACAUAUGAAAGAGCAGUAAGCAUAAGUGGAGCAUUUGUUUGCUAGAGCAUGCCUCUAUACCCAUUUGCUAGUGAAUUGGUGUUUUUUGGGUUUGUUCGGAUAGUCAGCCACCACUUUUGAGAUGUGCUGUGUCGUAACCAGAGUAUCCACCCCUCAGGUAGUUUUAUUUUCUGUUCUGGAGAUAUUCCCAUCCAGAAAGAAAGAGUAUGAAGAGAAAGAAAGAAUGGUAGGAGGGAGAUAGGAAAGGAGAACAGUGGUUAGGGUGAGGAGACAAAAGAGAUAGGAGAAAGAUGAGGUAGAGGGGAGAAAGAGGUUUGCCGCAAAGAGGAGGUACGGGGCGGUACCCGUGCACCCACCCACCCCCCCGACACCGCCGGCCCCGUCCAUGCACUCUAGUGUAAGUUGACUAGUUAGCGAAGGAUUCCCAUGGCUCCCAUACCUUGGUGAAAGGAUUUAAUGUCCCUCUUACUUGGGCAGUCAGCUUGUUCAUUAAAUAGGUAUCUUAAAGUUUCAGUAGUACAGUAUGGAUGGUAGGUACCUCAGUGCUUAGCCAAGACUGAGCUAUUGCUCUUCUGGUUGCCAGAGUAAUUUUAUGGAUCAGUUUUUGUUCUGAUUUUGGCCACCAGUCGAGCGGUCUGGAUAGUAAAAAUACCCAUGGAUCAGGUGUCACUGGUUUUUGAAAGAUGUUCGUCAUUAAUUCGCUCAUUUUGCCCCAGAGGGUCUGGACCUGGGGGCACUCCCACUACAUGUGUCCAUAUGUGCCUCUAUGUCCGCAUAGUCUCCAGCAUUGGUCAGUCGGUGUUUUGUGCAUGUGAUAGAGCUUAACUGGGGUGGUAUACACCUGAACAUCGUUUUGGACGACUGUUUUUGCAUCAUAACACAUGUAGAGGCUCGCCCGUUGGCCUCCCAGAUGUCCUUCCAGUCCGUGCCUUCCAGAGUCACACCUAACUCUGCCUCCCAUUGGUCUGUGUAGUGUAAUCCGCCCCAUUCUGUUGUGGUGUAGAAUAAAGCCUGGUGAUAAGUUCCUUCUGAUAGGAUUCUGCUUCACAGAUCCUUUCACAGAAAGUUAGCUGUGCAUGUGCAGAGACUAUGCGGACAUAAAGGCACGUACGGACACAUGUGGAGGGAGUGCCACCGGGUCCAGACCUUCUGGGGCAAAGUGAGCGAAUUAAUGACUGUCCACCCUCCUGCCCUACCUGUAGGUAGGUGUGAGUAAAUAAGAGAAAAUUUGGGGGACAUCAUAAUGUCUCCCUGCUCCCACCCAUGGUCAUUUUUAAAUGGGAGGGACCUAGUAUUCCUCCCAGCACCUAUCCAUUGGCAAAAAUUGGAAGUGCUUCAAACUGGAUUUUUUUGCCUUCUUUUGGAUCAACAUCAAAAAACAAAUGUGAGGAAGGCUGAACUUGAUGGCCACAUUAUUAUUGCCAUUUAUAUAGAGCCAACAGUUUCCGUAGCGCUUUACAAAAUUAUGAGAGGGGGGAUUUAACUAUAAAUAAGACAAUUACAAGAAAACUUACAGGAACGAUAGGUUGAAGAGGACCCUGCUCAAACGAGCUUACAGUCUAUAGGAGGUGGGGUAUAAAACACAUUAGGACAGGAAAUAACAAUCAAAUAAGGUGGGAGUGAAGCAGAGCUGGAGGAGAGAGUAAAGUGCUGCCCUUUAGGAGGGAGUAAGGGACAGGUAUGUGAUGUAAGUUACUCUGGGAGGCCAUAAGCUUUCCUAAAGAGAUGGGCUUUAAGGCACUUCUUAAAGGAUUGAAGAGUAGGGGAGAGUCUGAUUGUGGUAGGCAGGCUAUUCCAUAGGAAGGGAGCCUCCCGCAAGAAGUCCUGCAAGCGCGAGUUUGCCGUAUGGGUGCAAGCAGCAGACAGGAGAAGGUCACAGGCAGAGCAGAGAGACCGAGAAGGGGCAUACCUAUGGAUCUGUGUAGAUAUAUAAGAGGGGCUAGAAUUGUUCAGUGCUUUAUAGGUAUGGGUUAGCACUUUAAAUGGACUCUUAUAGGAUUCAGGAAGCCAAUGUAAGGACUGACAGAGGGGUGAGGUAUGAGAGGACCGACUAGAGAGGAAAAUCUGUCUGGCGGCAGCAUUCGUUACAGACUGUAGUGGGGCAACACGGCUUUUGGGAAGACCAAUUAGGAGAGGGUUACAAUAAUCCAUGCGGGAAAUUACUAGUGCAUAGACAAGCUCCUUAGUAGCAUCUUGCGUAAGAAAGGGGUGGAUGCAGGCUAUGUUUUUAAGAUGGAAUCUAAAGAAUUUGGCAACAUACUCAAAGGUGAGGACAGGAAUCAAGUGUGAUGCCAAGACAACGUGAAGGGAGAGCAAAAGAGGAGGAUCAGUAUUAGGAGGAGGAAAGACAAGGAGCUCAGUUUUAGAGAGAUUGAGUUUCAGAAAGCGGGAGGACAUCCAGUCAGAGAUGGAAGAAAGGCAAGCAGUGACAUGCUGUAGGACGGCAGGAGAGAGGUCCGGUGAGGAGAGAUAUAUCUGGGUGGUAGUGGAAUCCAAAUGAGGUAAUACGUUUGCCAAGAGAGGCAGUAUAAAGAGAAAAUAGAAGGGGACCAAGGACAGAGCCUUGGGGGACUCCAGUUGAGACAGGAUGAGGGGAGGAGGUAACAUUACAAAAGGAGACACUGAAUGAGCGUUGGGAGAGAUAAGAGGAAAACCACAAGAGCAUAGAGUCACAGAAACCGAGUGAUUGAAGAGUUUGAAGAAGGAGAGCAUGGUCAACGGUGUCAAAGGCAGCAGGGAGGUCAAAAAGAAUUAGUGGAGUAGUGACCUUUUGAUUUAGCUGCGAUUAGGUCGUUAGUAACUUUGAUAAGAGCAUUCUCAGUAGAAUGGAGAGGGCGGAAGCCACAUUGAAGAGGAUCAGAGAGGAGAGAGUUGGAAUUGAGAAAGUGAGACAUACGGGUAAAGACACCUCUUUCCAGAAGUUUUGAGGAAUAAGGGAGCAGGGAUAUGGGAUGAUAGAGGGGGAGGAUGGGUCUAGAGAUGUUUUUUCAGAAUAGGUACUACAGUGGCAUGUUUAAGGUCAGCAGGGACAACGCCAGAAGAGAGAGAGCAGUUGAAGAUGUUUGUUAAGGAAGGCACAAGACAGGGGGAGAGAGAUCUGAUAAGGUGAGAUGGGACAGGAUCGAGCAGGCAAGGGGCGAAAAGAAAGGAGAAGCGCAGACACUUCUUGUUCAGUAGCCGGGAGAAAGUCUGAAGGGUAGGAAAGGCAUGAUCUACGUGUGGUUGAGAAAGAGAACGGCAAGGUGGGGAGAAUUAGUUUAACAAAUGGUUUGCGGCCGAAAUUCAGGAUUCAUGAAUGAAAUUUUUAUUUGUACGAAACAGAAAUUGAACUGGUGCACAUGUCCAGCAUUUAGUAAUAUUGACUUUCAUCUGCCACUUAAUCUUUCCUUUUCUCAAGUUGCUUAAAAGGACACUGUAGUCACCAGAACAACUACAGCUUAAUGUAUUUGUUGUGGUGAGUAUAACCAUUUAGGCACUUUCAUGUAAACCCUGACAAUUUUGAAUUUAAUUCUGCUGUGAAUAGGGAGUCAGUGAAGGGACUUGCAGAGAGGCGCAGUAAAUAAGGGCAACUAGUAAGGUGGGUUAGUCUAGCAUUUGGAUGGGCUAAAGGGGGGAAAAGUGGGAGACAGCAGGUUAUUGCAGUAGUCGAGAUGAGAAAUAGCAAGUUAGAAAUUGGCGUAGAUUUCUAGUGCUAGACAAGGGAAUUAGAAGGAGCUUAUUCUUGGAACUAUUGAUUUUUUAUUUAAGAAUUGUCAGAUAAACAGUCUCUGACAAGAGAAACGACAGAGGGAAAGAGCUCAGGCGUAGAGAGAUAGAUCUGAAUCUCGUCAGCUCUAAACUUAACAUCCAUAGCAUGAGGAAUUAUAAAUUGAUAUGAGCAGAUGACCCAAGAUAAAGCCAAAAGAUGGCGGUGACAAAGGCAGUGAAUAGGAGUCGCCAGUAAACGACACAGAAAAGAACUUAUUAGAAAGAUAAUAGUAGAUCCAAAAGAGAACAGUAUUGCAUACACCAACUGAGCUGAGAGUCUAUAGGAGGAGAUGAUAAUCAAAUAUGAGGACAGCUGAGAGGUCAAGAAAGAUAAAUAUAGAGUAGUGGCCGUUACUUUUUUUUAAAUAAAUUCUUUAUUUUGAGUGUGCAUGGAGUAACAGAACAUCGUACGAUGCCACAACAGCACGAGUAAGUGUAUGGAUAGCACAGAGGGUCACAUAUGUGGCUCAGAGGUGACGGCACAUUUUAAAAUAUUAUUAUGAAAGACAAAACUGUUUCGUUACAGUAGCGUAACUUUAACGUGGAGUACUAUCUUAAGCAUGCUAAAUGAGCUGGCUUUUGAGUUAGGCAAAAUCAUGAGAUUAAAUUCAGGCAAUUAAUUCAACGUGUGCUCUGGCUUUAACUUUGAGUACAAGCUUAAGCAUGCUAAAUUAGCUGGCUUUGAGUUACAUAAAAUCAUGACAGUACAUUCAAACAAUAAAUUCAACGUGCGCUCUGGCUUUAACUUUUGGUACAAACUUAAACAUGCUGAAUUAGCAGGCAAUGGGUUAAACAAAAUCAUGAGUACAUUCAGACCCUAAGUUCAACGUGUGCUCUGAGUAUGUGUGGUCUGCCGUGUGUGUGUUAGUGUCCUCUUAGGUUCUGAGUGGUGUGUACCCUGUCUGGUAGUCGGUUCAAUGGGUGUGGGUGAAUGAGCCUGGCUAUUGUUAUGCUGGCACAAUAGAGUGCAUGUAGAGCUAAGCAGUAAGGCAAAAUAUAUUAAUAUUAAUAUUAACAAGAUGUGCAGCAUACUAUGCUAGGUUGGAGCUUGAACUAGAUUAGCAGUUCCUAGAUUAUAAUGGUGAUAAAGGUAAAAUAUGGUAUAACCUUAGGAGGUAUCAACGUCAGGAGCGAGGUUGCUAAACAAUUAUAUUACCCUCUCCCCCCCGGGGAGCCAGCCUUGUGUUCGUGUAGGCAGCAAUUGGGCUCAGUGUCUAUGGCUAUGGCAUCAGCCGAUACCAUAGUCCCGACCCGGUAAAACCCCAGCUCCGCUCCUCUCGGCGAACAGCUGAUUUCUAUCAACGGCUGUGUUGGCGCUGGGUGAGUGGUAAGUUCGCAGCCCAGUUCAUGUGGUGGCCGUAGCGUAUGGGUCUGUAGGCGGCUUCCUGGGCACAAACUCCGGGGCAUCCACGAUAUGCCUCCCCAGCUGGCAUGUGUGGCCUGCGAGGUGCGUUGCCUGAUUCUGCAAGUCAGUAGGGAUGUUCAGUAGCCUUAUUAUCUCUGCGGCUUCCUGGGGAUUGUGGACAGCGUGUUUGGUUUCUCCUUUGCUGAUGUUGAGGGUGCGGUUCGGGCCCCAGCGGUAUUGUAUUUGAUGGAGACGCAGGAGGGCGGUAAAUGUGCUCAGAGAUCUCCGCCACGCCAGUGUUCCAGCUGAAAGGUCCGUAUAAAAGGAGAGGGUCAUCCCCUCAAAGGGGUAAGAAGACUGUCCCUUUGUAGCCUCUAGGACCAUCUUCUUUUCUCUGGCUGAUUGGAAUUUUAGUAUUAAGUCCCCUGUGACAGUUUGAGGGGCCUUUGCUGGCCAUGGUAACCGAAACAGGUCUUCCAGGGUGAUCACUUUUGCCACCUUUGGUGUCAGUAGUUCUGUGAGCAGUCGCCUGAUAAGAUGCAGUAGUUCAGCCUCCGGUAUGGAGUCCGUGACACCUCUUAGCUUGAGAUUAUUUCGGCGGUACCUGUCUUCUUGGGCGGUCAUUAGGGUUUCUUGCUGCAGGGUUUUUUGUUGUAGAUCUUUGAUUGCUGCCUGCAGAUCCAUGAUCUGGUUGGUGUGGCUGUCAGAGGAGGCCUCCACCUUUCUCAGCCUUUGAUGUCAUCCCUGAUUAGGGCCACGUCGGCUGAGAUCUUCUUAUGGUGAGCCGCCAUUAGAUCUCCGAUUGCUUCCAUGGUCACUGGGGUGGGGGCCUUUGUGUUUGGUGGUCCCCUUGGCUGUGAGGGGGUCAGCAUGGAGUCUUCCCCAUCUUCGUCCGACGACCCCUCCGUGAAGUCCGAGCAUCCGCCAUGCAAGGACUCCAUCUUGACGCCUCCUGCCUCGUGUGCCUGCCGCCAUAGUUCCCCAAUGUCCAUUCCCUGGCGGGGCCUGUCGGACUUUGCUUUCUUGGUUUUCCGCCCCAUCUGACUCUCCUGGUUCUCUGUGUGAUCCCUGGGUGCGUUUUUAUGUGGGUUUUGGUGCCGAAAAUGUCGCGUUUUAGUUGUUUGUUCUGGAGCUCUGUGGCCGUGCGACCGUUUGCUUCAGGUGCUUAGCUCCGCCUCAGUGGCCGUUACUUUUAUCAUAAAUAAGGUAUAUAAUAAGCUUGGUGGGGGCAGUCUCAGUUGAAUGAUGUGGGAAGAAACCAGAUUGUAAGGGUCAAGCAGGGAACUGGAGUACAAGAAGUGGGUUAAGCGGUUGUAGACUAGUUUUUCCAGGAGUUUUUGAUGUUAGUGGAAGCAGAGAUAUUGGGUGGUAGUUUGCAGGAGAGUUAGGGUCAAAUGGGGUUUCUUAAGAGAAAGAGGAUGGGAAUGAACCGAAAAGCAGAGAUUUCCAGUGGGCUGACUGUGAGCAGAGGUGGAAUAUUGCAAGCUUGUGUCAUGAUGUUGCUUCAGAUAUAAUGUGUUUUUUUUUGUUUGUUUUUUAAGAAGUAGACAACAAAGUCUAGAAUGUAAUAUACUUCUAGUAGACUAGUUAAAGAAUAACUAGGGUCAGGAACACAAACAUGUAUUCCUGACCCUAUAGUGUUGACACCACCAUCUAGCCCCCCUGGACCCCUCAUGCCUCCAUAAAUAUAGUAAAAAUCUUACUGUAUUGAAGCCUGAAGCUCUAACUCUGCAUGUUGUUAGACUCAGAAAAACAAGCAGUCUGCUGACAUCAUUAGAGGUGGUGACCUGAUCCAAUCACAAUGCUUCCCCAUUAGCGGUUUUAAUUGUUAAUAAAAUAUCAUAGUAUAGCUUAAUAUACGUUAAGUAGAGGCUAUUGUGCUUGGGGUGUUCUUGUAUACACAGACUGUCAUACAUGGUGUAUCUCAUUGAUUAUAUAAUUGGACAAACCAAAACCUGAAUAUAAUAAUUUAACAAUAAGUAAAAUAGCUCCUUUCAGGCUUUAUCAAUGUAGUAUGUUGUAUUUCCUAUAAACUAAAACAAUGUCCGCUUGUGAAUAAUAGAUAGAAAAUAGCUAGGGAGGAAGCAGCAACCAUAGCUUUGUCUAAAAGAGGAAGUAAAUAUGGAAUAAGUCCAGAAAAAGAAACAACAGACACAGUGGUUAGAUAUGUACAAUGCACACCAGGAAAGGCCAUAUCACACAGCCUAGAGAAAAGUGAGCUUUAAUAAGAUAGAUGGACAAACGCACAAAGGGCUGGAUUCACCUAGCAGAGUGAAGAUCUACUGUGCUUACUGAAUAGCAAUUCCUCUUUUGAAGUAUAUGGGAAAAUUGCUAUUCAAGGUGAAAACGUCUACUCUUCUAUAUAUUAUUGUACACACAUCACCUUGUCUAUAUGUUUGAGUUCUAAGCUCUUUGAAUUGUGUCUCUUUUUGGUUGUAGCUCAACUUUCAGAGAAAAAUAGGUAUCUUGUACUGUCGAGCUGGGCAGAGCUCUGAGGAGGAGAUGUAUAACAACGAGACAGCUGGACCAGCUUUCAAAGAGUUUUUAAGUCUUUUGGGGGAUGAAGUCAGACUCAAGGGAUUUGACAAGUACCGGGCACAGCUGGAUAACAAAAGUAAGAAUCAUUUUAAAUUGUAGGUCACUUCUAUUGAAAAUAAUUAAUUUCCCUUAAACUUGCUGAUAAAAUCAAAAUCUGCCAUGCCACAGCCUAUUCUAAAUAUUUAGAAUGAUAAUAUGAAUCUGUUUUAUUAGUUAUUUAUCUGUAGAAUUUGUUUUAUUUUUUGCACUUACAGUUGACUCUAUGGUAUGGCACAUCUUGAAUGUGUGUGCAGAGGUUUGAACAUUUCAUAAUGAAACACAGAGAAUAAAAUGCAUACAAAAUAUUUUCUUCCUUCUCCACAGCUGAUAGCACGGGUACACACUCACUUUACACCCGAUAUCAAGACUAUGAGAUUAUGUUCCAUGUUUCGACAAUGCUUCCGUACACAGCAAGCAACAGUCAGCAGGUAACAGCACUCAUAGGCACCCUUAUACAGAGGCUCCCUAUAAAGUACCUUAACAAAACAGUACAACUGCGUAAUUUUUACCGGCUUUUUAUUAAUUAUGUUUACACCAUAUAUUAUUUUGUUUCCUUAAUCCCGUUUAAAAGCACUCUUUUUUUAAUAACACACUUUAUGUAUGUUAUCUUCCUUAAUUUAAUUUGUUAAUCUUUGUUUAUUACGUAUAUUUGAUUUGUAUCAUUUAAGAUACAGUGCUAAUCCUGUUGUAAAACCACAAAUCAGUUUUGUUUACAAAAUGUAAUUAUUACAAAACAACAUAGUUGCGUAAUAAAAUAAACGGAAAAAAAGCUGACGUCCAUCAAGCUGACAGUGCAUGAUGAUUUCUCUUACAGUUAAAUUAUGAUGUUGUGUAAGUUCUUUACUUCUAAUAACAUUUCUUGUUUUUGUUUUUUUUAAGCUUCUCCGAAAGAGGCACAUUGGCAAUGAUAUUGUGACCAUUGUUUUUCAAGAACCUGGAGCCCAUCCUUUCACCCCCAAAACUAUUCGCUCUCACUUUCAGCACGUCUUCCUGGUGGUUCAUGCCCACAAUCCCUGCACUCCUCACACUUCCUAUAGUGUAGCCAUUAGCCGAACUGCUGACACCCAAUCAUUUGGCCCUGUUUUGCCUACCACAUACUUUCGCAGGUCACCUGAACUCCGAGACUUUCUGCUCUCGAAGGCAGUAAAUGGCGAGAAUGCAGCUGAACGUGGGGGCAAAUUUUUGGCCAUGGCAACACGAACCAGAGAAGAAUACCUGAGGGACUUGGCUCGUGACCAUGCUACUACAGCUACCCUGGACUCUUGCUCUUCCAAGCUAGCCAUAUUAAGUCUUUCAAAAAAACGGGACAGAGCUGGCAGUACUGGUCCAAGUGAGAAGGCUGGAAAGGGCCCUCGCUGGACAUACACCAUACCUCCAGAGUUCCACAGUCCUGGGGCUCUAGUGUGGACUGUUAGAGUCUUGAGCUCUUUUAUCCCUGAGGGAAUAUAUUUACUUGGAAUAUCUUCUGAAAUGUUGGUUUUGGUAGAUUCAAAAAAAGAAAAAGAGGGAGCAGUGUGCUUCCAUUGCUCAUGCCGGGAUGUAUUGGGGUGGACUUACUCUUCAAAAGGAGGUCUAGACCUGUACUAUGGACGAGCAGGUAAACUGGGACUGCGACCAAUUGCUGGAAGUGAUGGAGAGGUGGAAGAGGAAGUGAAUCACAUUGUAAAGAGGUUGCAGGUAAGAAAGAGAAAGGACAAAGAGGCAUUUGAGUAUGCUGGGAGUAAAAUUACCAAUCCAUGUUUAUUCAAAUCCAGUUUACUUUGCAGUUUGGAUGUAAUAUUAGUGUAAAUGUUUAAAGGUAGGAGUGUGGAGAGAGUAUGAGGCAUUUAAAUGUUGAUGUGUCAACCAACAAAAAAUGUUUAAAUGUUCUGAAUAUGAGAAGGUUUACAGCUAAUUUUGAGGUAAAAGGAAACUGAAAUCAGACAAUUACAUAAGGAAGUUUCACCUUACAUACUUUUUAUUUUAUUACUUUUUAUUUAGAAAUGUAAAAAACAUUUUUAUUCUCUGCCCCUGGGAGAGUUAUCAUUGGGUGAUCAAUAGGUUAAAGCAAGUAGUGGUUGUCAUGGCUCUUGAAAUUUAGCAGUCUCAAUUUGAGCAUGGUUUAGAAUACCAAGGUUUAAAUAUGUUGUCCUGUUAUGUGCCAGAGCCUGGUAAAAAAAACGCUUACACAGUAUAUAUAGUUACUUAAAAUUGUAUACAUCUCACAUCCUGGUGUGGUGCAACAGUGCUAGUGUUGCUACUGGAAGACGGAUGGUGCUUCAAAACAUUCCUAUGUGUAGUAGCCUAUUAAAGGAGUUGUGCAGUGUAAACAGCCAUGCUUCAAAAUAACUAUGAAAGAUACAUUUACUUUAAAUAGGGUAGGAGUUAAUAGUAGUGAAAUGGUGGUGUGAUUGUAGGUGAGUGCCCAAAAGUAAAUAGAAACAUCAAGAGUAAUGUGACAUGAGAGAGGGAGCUUAGUUAAAGCUUAUCUGGACAAUUAAAGUCCUCAAUGCCAAUGUAUAGUCCAGGAUUUAUGGCACUGCUACUUCAGAAAAGGUGAAAAGAUCCAAAUGAUCCACUUGUUGAAGCUGUAUUUAGCCUUUGAAGACCAUGCUAAGCACAUCUGCUACCACCGCAACAUUGACAUGUUGAUGGGCCUGAAGAAUUUAAACAAUAAGUCACUCACAACUUGAAUUUCAAAGUGCUUUGAUACUGGUCAGAUCAAAAAGUUAUUGGUGAAGGCAAAGCCCCUCUUUCUAGAUGUAUGGACAGUGGCUCUACGUUAAGAGGCUACUUUAUUAUUAACUUUGCCUCUGUGCAUCUGCAUGUGGAGUCAGGAGAAACAUAAUGUAAUCUGUCCCCCUAUAAAUCUUCAGCCUUUUUGGAGGUAUGCAGGAUGUUUGUUGCAGCAUUUGAUCCACUUCCUGCACGUUGUCUGAAUUGCAUUAGGGCAGUAGGCUGACAGCAGUUUUCUACAGUCUCUGCAGAGCUUUAAACUGGUGCAAUGCUUGUUUUCAUCCUUGAUAGGCACAUACACCAACCAUGCAGCCACUAUUAUUAAACUGCUGCUAUCAAAUAGCACUAAUGAUCCUGACUCUUAUCAGAGCUGGAUUUCAAUUUAUCAUUGGCUAGUUGGUGAGUUUAAAUUUUGAGUCUCGAUAACCCUUUCAGAACAAAUAUUAGUACAAUCAUGAUAACAUAUUUGCCAAACCCUAGUCCUAAUGGAAUUAAAUGAUGAUCUUUUAUGGUUACCAUUAAGACUGUUAUUGCUCUCAGUAAGGAUUAUAAUAUACAGUAUAUUUUACUAUAAAUGUAAAUGGCGAAGGCAUAGAUUUGAAAUACAUAAAGGUUUAUGAAUAUCAAAAAAUAUGAAAAAGUAUAAGAGUAGAAUAGGCAAUAAUUACAGAGCAGUAUUGCCAGAGAGCAAUGUGAAUAUUGCCAGAGAGCAAUUUAAGAUUAUGAAUCGCAGAUUUUUGAGAAAUAUUUAACAAAUGCAAAUUAAAAAUAUGAUCUGGAAACAAUGGGUAGCAUUGGGACAAUAGUGUGAUAUGUGAGUAUUACCAAAACGAAUACAGGGUUUUUAUGCAAUAAUAUUUUGUUUCAUUUUUCCGCACAUGGAAACAUUGAAAUAGAUCUUUAUCUCUUGUCUGUGUGCAAUAUUGCCUGGCACAGUGCCUAUUCAGCCAGUAGCUGCAAAUGCCCUCCCGCCCCUCCCCCCCCCCCAACAACGUGAGUGCAGGAAGGGGUCUGGUUAGAUUAUUAGUCACGCCAGAGCUAUGGAACUGAUAUGAUUGAACGGUAGAACUGUAUACAUUGCAAGCAUGAGGGUUUCAAGUACAGGGAAGUGGUUAGAGGUUAUCGCUUCAUGAGGUUAGAAAUCUAUUUAGAAUGAUUUCAGAAAGCUAAUAGUAAAGUCUCAGAAGCUCAGUUUUUAUUAGAAUCAUUUAAUUUUUCUUUUUAUUGACUAAAAGCCACACAAUUUGGCUUUUCUUGAACAUGGAGGGUUUCUCUAUCAGGGUUCAAGUCUCUCAGGACAUUACAGCCCAGCGCUUUAUGAAAAGCUAUUGAUCAUGAUUUCAAUUUGUGCGCAGUUACAAGGGGCCUAGUCCUGUAGUCUAAAAAAAACUGGAUGUCUCAAAAUGGAUGUGGUAAGUGUUUGUCUUUUCAUGGGGAAUGAUGCUGCACAGAGAGCAUCUCUGUGCAACCUCCUAACAUAUUAGCUGCUAUAAGAAGGCAGAAACCCCUGCAUUACAGUAGAUCGUGUAAUGGUUUUUUAUUAAUAGCAGAUAUAAGUGAUAAUGCAAUUACCACCUCAAUACAACACCCAAUGUGAUACUUGUGUGGGUAUACUUCCUAAUAAUUGUGUCUAAUGGUAACAGCAAGGUUCUUUCUUUGAAGUAAAUGUAGAGCUGUGCCAGGCUCUAUAUGAUCAACGUUUGGGUGCCAGUAACUGGCUUCGAAGAUACUCCAAAAGCAGGAUCUCAGUAACAGUAGAAAAUGUAUUAAAACAAUAAUAGUAAAAUAAAAUAAAAGUAGGACAUAUGUAAGCAGUGUGUAAAGAGAUAAUAAUAUACACUACCGCAAAAUAUAUAUAAAAGUCCUUAUAAAAAGUCCAAAUUUUUUUUAUUGCAUAUUAGGUAAACGUGUCCUGGUACAUAGACAUUUAAAUAAAAUCACAUUCAAUCUAGAAUGUAAGUUUGAGCAGGAUCCUUGCCACCCUCUGUUCUGUGCACCACCAUUUGCAGAAUGCAGUUGGUACUAAUAGGUAGUAACAGUCACAAAUUGAAAUACAGGUUAUAAAUAUGAAUGAGAAAGGUCAGCAUUAUAUUUUCAUAAUUAUGACCAGCAUUUCAAUUUGGUCGUAAGCAUCCGAAUGCACGCACUUUAAACUUUAAAAUUAACAGGCACAAUUAUCAGCAGCGACCUUGAAGUUCUUUGUUUGACCUUAGAUAGGACUAUGCAGAAAGAUACCUUUAUCAUCAACAAGCAUUCAAUAUGACAGUUCACAACAUGAAUGAUAUUCUGUUAACAUUGAUUGAGCCUGUGUGAUUCUUGGUUACCUCAGUCCUGGCUGGCUGAAAACACAGUCCCGUCAUUUUGCUCAAAAUUUGUAAAAAGGCACACAGACAUAGGAUGAUUAGACAGGCGUAGUAUUAGAGCGAUCUAUUUGAGUUGUUGUUUGUUCUCAGUAUUCUCUUGUGCUCUUUUUGGAUUGAAAAUUAGUAUUAUUAUAAUUACUGGCAUUUAUGUAUUUUCAAACAUAAUCUGCAGUGCUUUACAAUUGUAGAAUGGGGUAUUUGAGAACAAGUAAUUGAUGUACAAAAAUUAACUGAAACAAGAAGUGAAGAAAGCCUCGCUCAAACGAGCUUACAAACUGUGAAGCUAGUAAAAGUGGUGUGUGGCUUUGCAGGCGAGGGAACAUAGGAGGGCAAUUGUAGUGAGAGGAGCAUCACCCAGGAAGAUGGUAAACUUUCCAAAGAGGUUUGUUUUUAGUGACUUCUUAAAGGACUGAAGGCUAGGAGACAGUCUCAUGGCACAAGGUAGGAAAUUCCCAAAAAAUGAAGCAGACCAUUAAAGGUCAUGCAGAUGAGAGUUGUCAGGAAAAGGUUGUUCACAGAACGAAAGUGACAAGAAAGGUUGUAUUUGUUGUGUAAAGACGAAAUGUAGUGGGGCAGUGGAGUGAGUCAGGGCUUUGCAGGUUAGUGUUUGUACUGGAUCCUGAAGAGUACAGGAAGUCAAUGUAAAGUGCUUAGCACAGAGGUGAGGUGUGGGAGUGGCGGUCAGUCAGGAAGAUGAGCCUGGGACCAGAAUUUAUUACAGACUGAACUGAGGGGCAUUAUGGGUAUUUGAAAGGUCGAUGAGUGAGUUUUAAUAGUCAACUUGGGAAAUAAAAAAGAGUGAAUGCGGGCAACAUUUUUGAGGUGGAAGUUACAGGAUUUGGAGACAGACUGGAUGUGGGAAGAAAAGCUGAGUUGGAAAUAACUCCAAGGCAGCGAGCUUGAGGGGUUAGGGUAAUAGGUUUCACAUUUAUGUGUAUGGAGGUAGAUGGAGGAGGAAUACUAAAGGAGGGGGUGGGGGGGGGGAUAUACAGUUAAAAAUGAUAGAAAGGAAGUUUGUGACAUGUUCUGGGAGGGCAGAUGAGAGGUACAUCUGAGUAUUGUCAGCAUAUAGAGGGUAAUGAAAUUCAAAUAAGUUAAUAAGGCAGCUGCUAUUCAUGUGCCACACAAUCAAAUUGUGUGAUUUGAGAAGUUUAAUAUACACUAUAUAUUUCAAAUGAUAUCAAAUACUGUACAGUAUGGGAUCCAGGCAUGUACAGCUUGGCAGAUGUUGCCUUUAGCCCUGCGGCAUCGGUAAAACACUGUGACAGCUUGUAUCAGUGACCGGAACAAACUCAGAUGCAGUGUUGCUGAGCUUACAAAUUCCUGAGCCACACAGCAAUACCCCAGUACAUGUCACAAUCAACAAGGUAAAGGGACAUUUGAUAUUAAGAAAUACACCCCUAUUGCUAAGAGAGUGUAAGUGUCGAGGUGGUACAGAGGACAUCCGCUAUCCCAAAGGGGUUAAAACUACUAUUGUUAUGCUUUAAAUAUUGCCCGUUUUUGUUUUUUUUCAGUUAUUCUUGAUAACAAUUGUGAGAUUGUCAAGGCACAGCCUGCAAUAAAAUGUUAAUUUCCUGUCAUUCCAUUAUAAUAUCUAUUUAAACACACAUGCGGCACAACAUUCAUGGUGUACAUACAAAUGAGGGAUUAAUGUUAACUCCUCCAGCUGAGAAGCAUCAGUAUCAUUUGAGCUUCUGAAAGAUCAUAAGAUGUAGAUACUCUGUUUUAUCAGCUACAAAAAGGCUCUAUUCAUGGUAAAUUAUUAGUAGAAUGUUUUACAUAAACAUUACACCCAUGGUUUUUAACCCUUGGGUCUGGCUCUCUAUUUUAUAUCACAUAACAGUAUUAACAGUUGUAAAAGGGAUUACAAAGGUCUGUUAAAACUGAAGAAUAGGCUUCCAAACUGCUGCCAUGUAUGCAUUUGGGUCCUGUCAAAGAAAGUUGAGAAUCACUGACUUACAUUUAACAACUUGUAAAUAAAGGCAUCAAACCAUGUUACAAGUUACUUUCCAGUGGUACUUGUUUCUUACAGCUCUUUGGAAUUGAACAUGUAUAUGGUAGAAGAUUAAAUGAUAAACUCUCACAUUUGUAAUUAAAUUCCAAUCCUUUAUCUUACCAUUCUAUUUCUAUUUUAGGUAGUUUCUGGUGGCUGUGAGACACGAGAGAUUUCGCUACUGAGGAAUGGUCUCGGACAGCUUGGAUUUAUUGCAGAUUCUGGUGGCUUUGUUACAGAAGUGGAGAGAUUCAGCAUGGCAGAAACGGUGGGACUCAGCCCUGGAACACGCCUAGUAGCAGUCUGUGGUCAGCCCUUUUGCUCUCUUACACCUGAUGAUGUGCGUUCUCUCUUCCUAAGUGCCAGGAAGGUGACAGUCACCACUCUGCCACCAGAUGAGUCAGGAAAGCCACGCAGGUAAGGUUAGAGAACAUGUAACAGGCAGUUGGCUUGUAGGGAAAGCGAGUAGCUUAAAUGCUCUCUUGCUUGUUACCCCACAGGUGCUAUUCUGAAUUGUAUGUCAGAUCACUGCAGGAGAAAAGAGUUCUGAAAACCUCACGAGGAGGUGAAGAUGAGGAGGAGACAAUGGAUAGAAAAGCUGAGCCUCCAUCUGAGACUCAGAGCCUUCUCCGCACUUUGUCUGUACAAGAGGAGAGGACAGAGUUCAGGUAAAACCAUACCUAGCUGUUGAGAUGUCCACCCUUCAUGUUGCUUCAUGAUGAAAUGGUUGUUUUUCAUAUAUCAUUCUGUUUUAGAUACGCUUAUAAAAUUCAGUUUUAGACAGGAUAAGAAAGUUUUCUGUUAGUUGUAAAUUGUAAUUGCUGUCUUCAGAAUAGGGGGAAAGCACAUGAAAUAGGACUGUAUUAGAAAACAUCACAUGCAAAUGUGAAUUUUAGGAACUCAGACUUAGUUAUUCAGUAAAAGUUAGCUAAACAAAUCUGAUUUGCAAAAGAGACCAAAAUAGUUAUUUUUCUCUAAAUGUUGUUGUUCUAAUUUAGUUUGCCAAAAUUCAUGCAUGUUAUCUGGCAUUUGUUUUGCGGCAUGCCAUUUCUGAUUAUUGUAUGUGUCUUACUAACUUACUGUCAUGAUAUUAUUUCAACAUUUGAUUGGGCCACUAUUGCAAAUGACUGUGAAAGCCAAACCAACACCAUUAGCAACAGUUGAAGCAAGACUAAUCUUAAUAUAAAGCCAAACCAUAUCUAAGUUGUGUCUUAGUAUUAAAAAGGAACUUGCAAGAAUAAAGUCCCUCCUGUAAAAUAAAGCCAAGUUUAUGGUGAAUUGAGUGUCAUUUAAAAAAUUAUGAACAUUACGCCUCAAGACAAGCUUGCAACUCAAACAAUAACAAAGCAACCCCAGACAAUUAUUUUAGCAUGUGAGUUCUGCAAUGCCCUUAUGGGUGGAAUCAAUCUUAUAGGCAAAUUGUAUAGGUUCUCUCUGUAAUGGCACAAGUGAGCAAAAACCUAGAUAAGAACUGAGUGAAGAGUUACUGAAAGGCCAGCUUUUGCAGGCAGUUUUUGCUUGUUCGCUUUGUUCUCGUGAACUCAAUUUUAGCAAAUAUGCAUAUGAUUAUAGUCUUCCUAAUGCAGAAGGGUAAUUUACACGUAAACCCUUGCUGAGACCAAAGAGAGGUAUCAGCUGGAGCUCACUGAUAAGGCCAAAAUCUAUCUGUAAUUGCGGUAUCUCUUCUGCAUGCUCAAGAGUACAGCAGUGACGUUGGCUCCUGGCGCUGAAGCGCCAAGAGCAGAAGAGGACAGUCCAAAAGGAGAUGGAGGCGCCCGCAAGGGACAGGUUAAGGUAAGUAAAUCUCACCUUUCCCUGCCCCCACCCCCCACUGGCUACCAGACUACCUGCGGUGAUGUCACUGUCGGGGGUCUUUGCGAAUUAUGGAAAGUCCCCAGAUGGUGACAGUGCUGCUUUACGAAGGGAAGGAUAAUUCUGCUGACAGUAUCAGCCAAUAAUGGAGAUGUUUAUUGCUGAUGGCAGGGAUUUGAGUCAUAAGGCAACCAGUAUUGUUUUGACAUAAGACAAAAGAUGCAGAAAGAAGAGUCCAAAAUGAUACCUCUACUUUAGAAAUACACAGUGAAUAAAACUAAACCAGAGAAUGAUUGGAGUCCUGAAAUAGCUGAUGUUUGCUGUAAAUUUGGUGAUGUUUUGUUGUUAACUGUCAUACGUUGCAUCGAAAAGAGUAAAGGUUAUGGAGAUGGUGCUUGAAUAUGUGUUAGUGAGAAUAUUCCUGCCUGCAACAAUGUCAGCAUUAAGAAAAAGUAAUGUUUCUGAGAUUGAUCGUAUUGCUGCACCAGUAAGUGUGCACGCGUGCGUGUGUGUAUGUAUUACGGUUUCAGCAGAUUCCAGGAGGGACAUUUAAAAUCUCUGUCCAGAAGACAGAAGAGUGCAAUUCUGGAAACAACUAAAAUACAGUACAAAACCCUCAGAUUCCCAGACCUAAAUAAAAAAAAAUUCUGGACAGAAUCUUUAAGUGUCCCACCUGGAAUCUGCCACAAGCCGCUCUCCCGGAGGGCUCCUGUCACCACUUGGACAACUAUGGCCUUCACUUUCCACAUUCUUUCUAGCUCCUCUUUCAGCCCUUGGUAUUUGUCCACCUCGUAUGUUCCUCCUUCUUGCUGUUGUGGUCACUGGGUAUUGCCCCAUCCACAACCAUUGCAGUCUUCCAUUACUUAUCUGUCACCAAAAUGCAUGGUAGAUUGGCCAGUAUUCACUUGUCUGUGUGGUCCCACAUAUUAUCCCUUCCACUUUCAGCUCCCAUUUGUGGCACAUCCUAUCUGGCAGGUCAAGCCCAUAUUCUGUGCAUAUAUUUUGGUACAUAUUUGGGGCAACUUGGUUGGGCCUCCAGAGCACACUCUCCCUGCUAAUGCCAUGCACCUGACUAUUACAUGCAUCUCGGCAUGAAAGACAGGGAAUAAAAAAUACUUAAAUAGUUAGCAGUUUUCGUGAGCAGACUUUAUUGGUUAGAGCUUUAUAAUAUAUUAACAAAAAACUCUUUGAGUGCAUAGGCAUUUGCUUUGAAAUAUUGCCCCUGUGUUUCGCCCACGCUGCCUAGUUACACCUUAGUUGGUCUAUUUUAGAAGCAUAGGCAACAACAAAAAAAUGUAGGGGAGGCAAGCACUUAACAGAACUGAGCUUUCACAUAACAUAAUAGAACCAAGAAGUAGACAAGGACAACAGGACCAGCAGGCAAGAGAUAGGACAAAGAGAGCCGUGCAGCACACAAAUGUAAUAUGGGAAGAAGAGAGACUGAGCACAAUGUCAAAGGAGGGGGAACUAAACAAUUGAGCAUAAAAUAUAGAGGAGAGAAAAUAACCUCUAAGGGGAAGUGAAAGGACAAAGAACUCAGUUAUUUAAACAAAUACUAAAAUUCAAUUAAUACUUAUUUGACAAUUCAAUUUAGGUUUGACUAUAUUGCGUUGGAGUCUGCAGAUGUCUAUAACAUGGCAGUUCUUCACCAUCUAUGGAUAAUGAAUGGUGACACAAAGGCUCCAGUGCACAUAUAAACAUUUAUGCUAGUAUUUCUGUAUUUACUUGGUUGCCUUACAACACUAAUAUGGAAAUCUUCCUGUGGAGGGUAUGAAAUGUCUGAUGGAAAAUAAACCUAUUUUUCUUUGAUUCCUAAUCAGAGCACUUAUUUCUCUGUUUUGUUAAUACAGUGUUUAUGCCGAUCACAUAAGAGGUACUAAAUUGCAUGCCAGUGUUGAACAAGGGAAUGCCCCAAUAUGUUUUUAUUUGAAUUACAGUGUUCCUUUUUAUUAGGAAAGUGAUAGUAUUCAUUGCAAGUAUACCAAGUAAAAAAGGCUACCAUUUCACAAUUUUAAAGUUGUCUACGGGAAAGAUAUCAGACAUCACAUCUAGUAAAAAAACAAACAGAAAAAACUGUCUGCAAGACUAAGAUUGGAUCAAAUGUGCUAUUAAUCAGUCGAGGAAAGAAAAUGUAUAAUUCACCCCUGCCUAACAAUUAUAUAUAGAAAAGAGAGAGGGGGCAGAGAGAUAGUCGCACAUGGAGUCUGCUAAUCUGAUCAAAGUAAGGCGAGGUGUCCCAUUCUGGCAUCCAGACAUUCUAGCAAAGAUGGAGUGAAUCAUGAAGUUGAGUGUUGAGUUGUCCCAUGGCUCUGUGAGAAUGCAAUGGAUUUAAAACUGCAAAGUUAAUGAAGCUUGGUCCAGGUGAUGGGCCAACGCCCUUCUGGCUGUAAAUGCCUUUUUGGCGAUGAGCAUGUUUUCUGUAUUUUUUUCAUGCUUUUAAUACAUCUGGAGAGUAAUUAUGUCCAAGAUUUGAGAGUGAUUGAGCUGUUCAAGAUCUAGAUUUUAAAAGGAACAUUUUAGUGUUAGCAAUAUAAAGAUGUAUUACUAAUGUGUUCCUCAGCCCUCCCCCUCCCCCCCGUCAUUGUAAAGGGUUAAAUAACCCUUUAUCCACUUACACCUCCAACAACACCAACUGAUGGGGGACCUAAUGCACAUGUGCCGCAAGCGCAUUUGGAUUUCCCCAGAGGAAAGCAUUGUCUCAGUUUUCCUGUGUGGUUUUCCUUGACACUGUAUGUCAUAAUGCAGAGUAUAAGGAAGUCCAGUGUAUAUUCACGGAGUCAAAAUUUAGAAAGCGCCUCUAGUGGCUAUUUGGUAGAUAGCCACUACAGGCAGUAUUCCUACUGCAAGUUAAACAUUGCAAUUUCUCUAAAACUGCAUUGAUUUACAUUAUAGGGCUAAGGGGGGCAUGGACACUCCAUCCAGAUGAAAUAGUCUGGGUGCCUAUAGUGUCCCUUUAAGCAGUGUUAUUUACUAAAAUGAAAAUUACCAGGAAUUAAAGUGAAUUUCACAAUUUAGUCCACCAUGGAAGAUUUAGAAAAAAUCUCCAAAUCAAUUCUGUAUUCAUGUUGGCUGUCUUGACCUUACAAUUGAAAUCCUGUAUGGUACUAGUUUAGCUACUUUGGCUUUGAAUCUUUAAUUCACGUCGAACUCCUGACUGUUCCCACUUAAGUGAAUAACCCUGUAAGAGUGUCAUAAGUGAGACAAAACUCAUUUGAGAUACCAGAUUACAUAUAAAAUCAUAUUAUGUUUUUGGUGUAAUUGUGCGGUGAUGCAGAUUAGUAAGAGGUUCAGACCCGAGUACAAGUGUUUUUUUAUGAAAAGCAACACCAUUUGCUAUUUACUAAAUGGAGUUGCAGAUUCAGAAACUGAAAAUAAGCCCUUUUGCUGGUGUAAAGCAAGACCUAUAAAACUUACGUGUAAUCCAGUGCUGAUAGAAACAUAGAAUGUGACGGCAGAUAAGAACCAUUCGGCCCAUCUAGUCUGCCCAAUUUUCUAAAAACUUUCAUUAGUCCCUAGCCUUAUCUUAUAGUUAGGAUAGCCUUAUGCCUAUCCCAUGCAUGCUUAAACUCCUUUACUGUGUUAACCUCUACCACUUCAGCUGGAAGGCUAUUCCAUGCAUCCAUUACCCUCUCAGUAAAGUAAUACUUCCUGAUAUUAUUUUUAAACCUUUGUCCCUCUAAUUUAAGACUAUGUCCUCUUGUUAUGGUAGUUUUUCUUCUUUUAAAUAUAGUCUCCUCCUUUACUGUGUUGAUUCCCUUUAUGAUGCACACUCCUCGCAGCAGAUGAUCCUCUUCUAAUGAAAUUAUCAGUUCUGAUACUUUUGUCCAGUCGGAUGCUUCUUAUAGAGAAGUACUGAAUCCAGAGAAGUACUGUCCAUGUUUAGUGUAGUCUACUGUUUCUGCUGAUGCUGAACGGGAGGUCAUUUAAGGAGAAAGUAAGAAUAAUGGCCCUCUGUUCGAUAGCCACGAGAGACAUGUUUUUAACUAAAUAUACAUGGCUAUUUCCUUGUCUCUUUAAAUCAGUUAUCUGAAUUCCUUAUCAAUAAGCUCUUCAAUGAGUAGAUCUGCAUUUUCUCAAACUCAAAACAACAGUUACAGUAACAAUGAAAAAAGCUAAACACAUUGGAGAAGUACAACAGUUUCAUUUUAGAAUUCUUCCAAAUUAAUCAUGAAACAGAUGAUUGUAUUAACAUUGCUGUAUCCCUAUUCUGCACAUGCUAUAUAGAAAUGUGACCAUUGCUGGGAUGAUAAGAGAUGCCUGCAGAUUUAAAUAAAAACAGUGAAGUAAUUAUAUACAUUUGUGGAUUCCCAUUCACCAUUCUUUGGUAGCAAAGGUUUAAGCAUUCUCCCAACCAACAUUUAGAUCAUGGGUAGUCAACCUGGUUUCUACUGUCCACUAGUGGGCGCUUUGGGAUUUCAAAUGGGCAGUGGUGGGUCCUGCAGAAAACAGCCUCAAUGGCCAUGGACCAAGGUCAGGAGGGGAGAUCCUUUCAUCUUUCCUACCGACCCAUGCAAAGCCAGCCUUGCUGAAAGUCCUAUCAGGCUGGUGAGGAGAUCAAAGAUCUCCCUCACUGGCCUGCUGGCACUGAGUGUUGUGUAAUGCACUUACACUAUAAAAUGAGUUACUGUGGCACUGGUGGGCGGAAAGGAAAUUUUACCACCAACAAAGAUACGGUGGGCGGCAGGUAGUAAAAAGGUUGACUACCCCUGGUUUAGAUAGAUACACUGAACAAAAUUAUAAACGCAACACUUGUUUUUGCCCCCAUUUUUCAUGAGCUGAACUCAAAGAUCUAAGACUUUCUAUGUACACAAAAGGCCUAUUUCUCUCAAAUAUUGUUCACAAUUCUGUCUAAGUCUGUGUAAGUGAGCACUUCUCCUUUGCCGAGAUAAUCCAUCCACCUCACAGGUGUGGCAUAUCAAGAUGCUAAUUAGACAGCAUGAUUAUUGCAAAUAUGUGCCUUAGGCUGGCCACAAUGAAAAACCACUCUAAAAUGUGCAGUUUUCCUGUAUUGGGAGGGGGGUUGGGGAAGAGAGCGGGUGCGGGGGUCUGAAAACCAGUCAGUAUCUGGUGUGACCACCAUUUGCCUCACGCAGUGCAACAGGUCUCCUUUGCAUAGAGUUGAUCAGGUUGUUGAUUGUGGCCUGUGGAAUGUUGGUCCACUCCUCUUCAAUGGCUGUUCGAAGUUGCUCGAUAUUGGCAGGACCUGGAACACGCUGUCGUAUAACAUACACCUGCCCAUACCAUACCCCACCGCCACCAUGGGCCAUUCAAUUCCCAAUGUUGACAUCAGCAAACCACGCACCAACACGAUGCCAUACACGCUGUCUGUCAUCUGCCCUGUACAGUGAAAACCGGAAUUCAUAUGUGAAGAGAACACCUCUCCAAAGUGCCAGACGCCAUCGAAUGUGAGCAUUUGCACACUUAAGUCGGUUACGACGACGAACUGCAGUCAGGUCGAGACCCUGAUGAGGAUGACAAGCAUGCAGAUGAGCUUCCCUGAGACGGUUUCUGACAGUUUGUGCAGAAAUUCUUUGGUUAUGCAAACCGAUUGUUGCAACAGCUGUCAGGGUGGUUGGUCUCAGUCGAUCUUGGAGGUGAAGAUGCUGGAUGUGGAGGUCCUGGGCUGGUGUGGUUACACGUGGUCUGCGUUUGUGAGGGCGGUUGGAUGUACUGCCAAAUUCUCUGAAACGCCUUUGGAGAUGGCUUAUGGUAGAGAAAUUAACAUUCAAUUCAUGGGCAACAGCUCUGGUGGACAUUCCUGCAGUCAGCAUGCCAAUUACACGCUUCCUCAAAACUUGCAACAUGUGUAUCAUUGUGCGGUGUGAUAAAACUGCACAUUUUAGAGUGGCCGUUUAUUGUGGCCAGCCUAAGGCACACCUUUGCAAUAAUCAUGCUGUCUAAUCAGCAUCUUGAUAUGCCACACCUGUGAGGUGGAUGGAUCAUCUCAGCAAAGGAGAGGUGCUCACUAACACCGAUUUGUGAAUAUUUGACAGAAAUAGGCCUUUUGUGUACAAAAAAAAAAAAAAGUCUUAGAUCAAAAGUGUUGCGUUUAUAAUUUUGUUCAGUGCAGAUCAGAUAAUCUUUCCAAUGUUUUCUUCAAUGGAUGUAAAACUGCUCUAUAGGGCUCUAUUCAUACCUUUGUUUAAUAUUGCAAAUACGAAGAUCUCAAAAUAUGUUGCCAGAAUGUUCCGCAGGCAGUAGAUGACUCUUGAUCUCACCCAUUUGUUUGCUGAACGGCUUGUUAGAAGACAAAGUUUGUCUUGUUUUGUUUAUUCUUUUCACUUCAAUUUAUGUGCUAGCUUGUACCUUUAAUAAAUCUGCAUAUUUAAAGAUAUCCAUGCUAGCAUUAACUUAUUGCAGUACACUUUAUAGUUUGAAGUCUGUAUGCAUUUAGAAAGAUUUCAGGAGAGGAAGCUGCAGUUCAGCUGAUACAUUUAAAAUGAUUGAGUCGCUGCAUAUUAAAUAAAUUUACAGAAAUAUAGAUUUAGCUUUUCAAUUCACACACACAGCUUCUUUCUCGUGUCUAAUUUACUACUCCCUGGAUCCAUAUAAUGCAAUUCAUCUACCCCCAUAUUCAUUCUUCUUGCAUAGCAUUCUUUACCUAGCUUUGAGUCCACCAAUUAUACCCAAUGAUAAUGCAAUAGUGAAUUUUCUUAUUUUACUUCCACAAUUCAAUUCCUUUGAUUUUUAUUGUUACUGUUUACAAUGUUCUGUGUUAAUGCUUAUAUUUUCUCAGGUAUGAAAAUGAUCUGGCUCCCCCUGAUAUUAUUCCUCAGCCAGACCCUGCAGGAGAAGAACUGGUGAGAUAUGUAGAUAAUUCUUUGUUUCUUUUGUAUAGGGUUGAUCAUUUAACACCAUGCAUUAGAGUCCUGUAGAAUGUAAUGUCCUUAAAUUUGUCUUUAGCAAGGCCUUGCAUAGUACUUCAACUUACGUAAAAGUAACAAUCAGCCUGUUUGCCUUUUUUUGCCAAAUUAACUAAAGUAAUUUCAAGGCUCAGAGACAUUCCACAUUUCAAUUCUAUGAUGUCAUCUGAUUGCUUAUUAGUGUUUAGAGACAAUCAAAAUCCAACUAGAGAUAUAACUACUGUCUCUUUGAUCUAUUUUAUCAGAUGGAGCUUUUAAUUUGCUAGUAGUUGUGAGCAACUCCUUACAGGUGUGUGUCUGCUAUCGGCACGUACUGUAACAAUACAAAUGUGUAAUAUAUAUAUAUAUAUGUAUAUAUAUAUAUAUAUUAUAUAUUUACACUAAUCAUUUCACUGUAGAUUGAUUCUUAUUUAGUGUGCUAUUAGAAUUACAUUUUAUUUUCAUGGAAGACAGGGGGAGAUUUUCCAUUAGAUUCCUAGACUAUUUCGUACUUAAAGGACCACUCUAGGCACCCAGGCCACUUCAGCUUAAUGAAGUGGUCUGGGUGCCAGGUCCAGCUAGGGUUAACCCAUUUUUUUAAUAAACAUAGCAGUUUCAGAGAAACUGCUAUGUUUAUUAAUGGGUUAAGCCUUCCCCCUAAUCCUCUAGUGGCCGUCUCAUUGACAGCCACUAGAGGCGCUUGCGUGCUUCUCACUGUGAUUUUCACAGUGAGAGCACGCCAGCGUCCAUAGGAAAGCAUUAUGAAUGCUUUCCUAUGUGACCGGCUGAAUGCGCGCGCAGCUCUUGCCGCACAUGUGCAUUCAGCCGACGGGGCGGAGAGGAGGAGGAGAGAAGGAGGAGAGCUCUCCGCCCAGCGCUGGAAAAAGGUACGUUUAAACCCCUUUCCUCUUUCCAGAGCCGGGCGGGAGUGGGACCCUGAGGGUGGGGGCACCCUCAGGGCACUAUAGUGCCAGUGAAACGAGUAUGUUUUCCUGGCACUAUAGUGGUCCUUUAAAGGAAAACUCCAAGCACCCCAACCACAACAGCGCACUGUAGUGUUUAUAGUGCCAGGAGUGUCUUGGCGCCCUUACGGAGGUAAAUAGUCAAACCGUUUUGAGAUGGUUUAACAACGUACCUGGGGACCACUGGUCAGUUUCGGGGGGAUCCAGUAUAUGCCUGCACUGCAGGGCCAUCUCAUUAGCUGAGAGCAUCAGCUAAGUUCUCUCAGCAAAUCGGAUAAUUCCUGCACUGCAAAAAGUUGUUAGUUACUCUGAAAAGGCACCUGAGCACUCCUGGCACCAUAAUCACUGCAACAUGGUGUAGUGGUUAUGCAAUUGGCGUGUUCCUUUAAACUCUUUUCUACGAUAUAUUAAUUUAUUACUGAUUUCCCUGUAAACCUCUCAACUGUUUAUUUUAUAAGAUGCUUAUUAAAAAUGCAUAAUAUCCAGCAGCAUUACAUGUUCACUAUGCUGCUUUAACAGAAUCUCAUAUUUCUGUGUAUUGACUCUAGACACAAUAUUAUUAGACUUAUUCUGUACAUGCUGCCUCAUUUUUGUCUCUUAGAAUAUGGAUGACACUGCUUGCCCCCAUGAAGAAGACAUAUUUGAAUCAGAUGACUUAAUUCAUGAAGAAAAUCUUUCAACUAUGUCCUCUUUUCAGGAACCCAUCCAGAACCGUAUGUGCUUUUUUUUUAUUUCUGUACUAUUCCAGUCUCUCCAUUUUGCCCUUAUUAAUACUCAAUCAGAAUUAUUUACUAAAGUGAAAAUUCUAAGUGUAUUUCAGAUUUAAGGCGAGAGUAGCAAAACUGAAAGCACAAGUGACUUAGAGGAUCUUUCCAGUUCAGCUAAUUUGCCCAUACAUUUGAAAUUCUUACUAUAGUGAAUACUACUGAAGGUAUUGCAAGUAGCUCCAUAUAUCAUCAAGAGAUGAAAUUAUAUUGAUUGAGUUUUGACUCCACUUGCUUUCUCACUGUCAUCUGAUACACUGGUAUAUAACCGAUCAUAUGACUCAUACAGUUCCUGAUAUUUUUUUGUGGUAUAGUGCAAUGAAACAUGUCUGCUCGAGUCGACUAAACAUGAAAAAUAGUUAGUGUGCUAUGGUAGCAGAAGUGACAUUUUUUUCAUCUAACUUUUCUUAACAAAACAUUUGAUACUGUCUUAUUCGCUACAGGAAAUGCAAGGUGUAGAACUAGAAGACACUUUUAGUAACUGGUGUGAGAGAUGUGAUUUUAUUAGUUGGAAAAGGUGGUCUUUCCAAGUGCUGACAUGCGUUUGUCUAUGGGUUAAAUAUUUACAUAAUUGUUAUGCAUUUAAUAUAAAUGAGGGGCUUAUUACUGUAUAACAGCAAAGCGAAAACACAGGGUUACAUCAAGAACUUGCAGAGAGAUGUACAGCUUUCAGAUAGAAUAAUAGUGCACAACCAGCUGUAAUGUGUAUAUGGAGAAGUUAAAAAUGAUUGUGUUGCACACAGGGUCAUAGCAGAUUAGCAACUGCAACCACCAGAGCACUAUAGGGGGAUCCACAAUCUUCAACAAAUCCACACAGCAGGAAAACCCGUGCAGGCCUGGAUUCAAAGCAUUUGGUCAGGAUAUCAGCCGUCCCUGAAAUUCAGUCUGGACCAAAUUCCAAGAACAAUGUCAUUUUUUUAGUCUGAAUGGCAGAAUUCAGAGUUUAGUGAAUGACCCCGUGUAUGUGUUUGUGUGCGCAAUUUGUGGAGAAUCCUCAGUGAGCUUCGACCAGAAGCAGAAACAGAGCAGUGACAGAAACGCAAAGGGAAUAUGAAACCCUAUCAUAUUCCAUGUGUGUCUCCAUUAUUAUAGAAACAUAGAAUGUGACGGCAGAUAAGAACCAUUCGGCCCAUCUAGUCUGCCCAAUUUUCUAAAUACUUUCAUUAGUCCCUAGCCUUAUCUUAUAGUUAGGAUAGCCUUAUGUCUAUCCCACGCAUGCUUAAACUCCUUUGCACUUCUUCUGCAGAGAAGAUAGGAGACAAAAAGAUUUGGGUGUGAUGCAUAACAAUAUUUUUUUGAAUUUGCAUCAACUUCUGCAUUGUUUAUUGUGUGGUCUCACCACAACCAAUUUCUGCAAUCAAUCUUUGUAGGAAAGACAUGAUUCUUAUAGGAAAUGUAGCAAGGGAAUGAAUUUAAAAAAAACAACAACAAAAAACACAACACACUCUAGAUGCCAUUGUGUGUUGUAAUGGCGUUGUGAAAGGAUUAUUUGAAAAUAAUAUGUGUUCCAAACAGCAGAUGUCUUCUCAUGUAUAGAAAAAGCAACAUUAUUAUAAUAGAAAAACCUUGUGCUUUUCUUAAACAAUAUAUGCUAGCCUUUUGGCAGCUGAAACACUACCUAUUUGUGGAAAACAAAGACGUGUUACACCCUACUGGCAUGUUCCAAACCACAUGUAUAUUUUUUUUAUAAAGUAGCCAUGCCAAGCUUGUGCAAACUGUACAUUAUGUCUUGCACUAAGAACAACAGAUAUCAUUUUGUAUAGACUAUACAGGUGAUACUUGAAAAAUUAGAAUAUCGUGCAAAAGUUAAUUUAUUUCAGUAAUGCAACGUAAAAGGGGAAACUAAUAUAUGAGAUAGACGCAUUACAUGCAAAGCAAGAUAGUUCAAGCCGUGAUUUGUCAUAAGUGCGAUGAUUAUGGCGUACAGCUCAUGAAAACCCCAAAUCCACAAUCUCAGUAAAUUAGAUUAUUGUGAAAAGGUGCAAUAUUCUAGGCUCACAGUGUCCCACUCUAAUAAACUAAGUAAGCCAUAACACAUGCAAAGGGUUUCUGAGCCUUUAAAUGGUCUUUCAGUCUGGUUCAGUAGGAAUCACAAUCAUGGGGAAGACUGCUGACCUGACAGUUGUGCAGAAAACCAUCAUUGACACCAUAAGGAGGGAAAGCCUCAAAAGGUAAUUGCGAAGGAAGUUGGAUGUUCUCAAAGUGCUGUAUCAAAGCACAUUAAUAAAAAGUUAUAUGGAAGGGAAAAGUGUGGAAGAAAAAGGUGCACAAGCAGCAGGGAUGACCGCAGCCUGGAGAGGAUUGUCAGGAAAAGGCCAUUCAAAAGUGUUGGGGACUUUCACAAGAAGUGAAAGUCAGUGCAUCAAGAGCCACCACACACAGACGGAUCCUGGACAUGGGCUUCAGAUGUCGUAUUCCUCUUGUCAAGCCGCUCCUGAACAACAAACAACGUCAGAAGCAUCUUACCUGGGCUAAAGAAAAACAGACCUGGUCUGUUGCUCAGUGGUCCAAAUUCCUCUUUUCUGAUGAGAGCGACUUUUGCAUCUCAUUUGGAAACCAAGGACCCAGAGACUGGAGGAAGAAUGGAGAAGCACACACUGCAAGAUGCUUGAAGUCCAGUGUGAAGUUUCCACAGUCUGUGUUGAUUUGGGGAGCCAUGUCAUCUGCUGGUGUUGGUCCACUGUGCUUCAUUAAGUCCAGGGUCAACGCAGCCGUCUAUCAGGAGAUUUUGGAGCACUUCAUGCUUCCUUUCGCAGACGAGCUUUAUGGGGAUGCUGACUUCAUUUUCCAGCUGGACUUGGCACCUGCCCACACUGCCAAAAGCACCAAAGCCUGGUUCAAUGACCAUGGGAUUACUGUGCUUGAUUGGCCAGCGAACUUACCUGACCUGAACACCACAGAGAAUCUAUGGGGCAUUGCCAAGAGAAAGAUGAGAGACAUGAGACCGAACAAUGCAGAAGAGCUGAAGGCCGCUAUUAAAGCAUCGGGGUCUUCCAUAACACCUCAGCAGUGCGGCUGAUAGCUUCCAUGCCACGCCGCAUUGAGGCAGUAAUUGCUGCAAAAGGGGCCUAAACCAAGUACUGAGUCCAUAUGCAUGCUUAUACUUUUCAGAGGUCCGAUAUUGUUCUAUAUACACUCCUUGUUUUAUUGAUUGCAUGUAAUAUUCUAAUUUACUGAGAUUGUGGAUUUGGAGUUUUCAUAAGCUGUAAGCCAUAAUCAUCGCACUUAUGACAAAUCACGGCUUGAACUUUUGCACGAUAUUCAAAUUUUUUGAGUAUCACCUGUAUAUGACUGUUACUACUCAUACUAAUCACUUCCAUUACCAAUUCAGUGGCAACAUAUUGUGCUCAUAGAAGCUGGGUAUAAUGGAACAAAAACUGGAACACACACUGUAAUUAAGUUUAGUAAUAACUUAAAUGUAACUAUCUAAAACACCCCCAGUGAACAAAAAUAAAUUAAAGUUUCAUUACAGAUUUUUAAAAAGUAUUUUCAUUACCGAUUGCUGCAUUACCUUGAAUUGAUUUAGGAUUAGUGGUACUGCUCUGUAAACUGAUAAUUCACUGAAUUCAACUCAGAAUGCAGUCCAUGCAUGUGCAGCCUCUCCCCAGAGGAUAGAGUUCAGCCCAAUUUGUGCACGCAGGAACUUGCCAGUAUUUGGACCUAGCCUCUGUUUUUGGAUGAAAGUAAUCUUAUAUACAUAUGGUACAUGUGUAACGAUCUUACCUUGGUUGGAGUCCAAAGUGCAGAAAUGUUUGCUCACCUUUGCAGAUAAACACAACCCACAGUAACCAGGUAAGAAGCUACCUGGGCUGUGAAUCUGUACACUAACAGGAACAAUAACUGAGUGCGAGGAAACAGACAAGGGCAAAUCCAAGAGAGUAGUCAGGCAAGGUUCCAAAGGUCAGGGCUGGUAGCGAACAGGCAAUAACAAAGAUCUAGAAGCAGGGGUCACAAGCUGUUGUGGUCGUGACUUAAAUAUGUAUUUUAAUCUUUUAAUUAAUAUAUAAUAAUCAAGCAAUACAGAACGCUAUAUACAAAUGUCAAAAGACAAAUGUAGCGAGCUGUGUAUACCUGGAAAGAUACUGUAGUCUAGGAGAAGUCUAUUAUAUACAUUAUGUACAAAGGUCAAAAUAUCCCUAAAUUAAGUAAAUUUAAAAAGUAGAUAGAAAGAGCAUAAACCCUGGAUGAUAUACAUAUAUCACUAUUAUAAUUAAAAAGACCGCAGACAGCUACUAUGAGCUUUAAUUAAUCUGGCUCAAUAUGCUACUGCAGUAUUAACACUAUUAUAUCUAUUAUAUCAGACAGGGAGCAAAAGAGUAAAUUAAACUACCACCUCAAUCUAGCCUCUAAUGUGGAAAUGCACUUAGUGUAGUACAAUAAUCCCAAACUAUAUAAGAUCUCAAAAAUGCUGAUUGGGGCAGCGUAUCCAGUAAUCACUUAGAUAAGCACAUAAUAGUAUAGAAUGCUGCCUCCUAAGAGAACCAGUAGAAAGGGUAUAAUAGUAUAUAUAUACAAAAAUAAGAUGAGGCCAUAUAUAAAAGAGGAUUGUAGGAGGUACAAAGCAUAGAUAUCGUGAAGCUUAGAAUGCUCACGGCAUAUCUAUGGAUAGAGUAUAAGUUACAGAGAAGUCCUCUGAAAGAAAGUGAAAAAGACAGAUAGUAACAAGUACUGCAUAAAAACCUAGCAGUCUGAAUGAUAAAUUAUCUCUUACUUCCUAAAUGUAACUACUAGACCUCUACAGUGGUAGAUGAAUAUAACAUGGUAUCUACUUAAAGUAAAAAAAGGUAACAGUGAAACAAAUUCAGUGCCAUGCCGUGAUCAAUGUGUAGUGUCCAUAGAAAAUAAAAAAUAAAAAUCAAAACACCUGACGCGUGUUUCGGUGCUAUACAAGAGCACCUCCGUUAGGAAGUGAGAGAUAAUUUAUCAUUCAGACUGCUAGUUUUUUAUGCAGUACUUGUUUACUUGCUUGUUUACUUGCACCAGUCAGCAUCUCUUCAUAGAGGUGCGUUAAAUCAUGCAGAGCGUGGAGACACUGAUAGGAAGCACCUCUAGUGGCCAUCAGAGUGACUACCACUAGAGUUGUUACAAGGAACCAGCAUUUACAUUGAAAAGCCUGUAGGCACAGGCUAUAGACACCCGAACCACUACAUUAAGCUGAAGUGGUUCUGGCUUCUAUAGGGUCCAUUUAAACGAGCUUGAAACCUGAGUGGAGACUUAUCAAUGGACAAGAUAAUUGAGUUGUUGUUUGUUCUCCUAUUCUCCAUUAUGGUAUAUUAUUAUAUUUACUUUUGCUCCCAGGUUUAUUUUAAUCUGUAUUAGAGUAUAACAGGAUAUUUUGUCUGUUCAAACCACUACUAAACAGUGAACAUUUAGGAAUUCUUAUGAUAAAGUAAAUGAGACAGAGUUAUACAGUUGUAAAGAUUUUUCUUAUAGUUAUUUUAACUAUAACUUUAAGGGAGUUUGUUAACACUAACUUAUUUAACUUUCCCCCCUACACUUAGCUCUCAUAACUUAUUCUCUUAUCCAAAACACUGCUGGAACCUCUAACCCAGCUGCUUUUAAACAAACCUAAAGCUAAUUCCAACCUCUAAUCCUAUCUUAAUGCCUCUAAUUGCUAAAUUAGCCCUGAUAAUUUUUUCCCUAAUCACUAUUUGUGACAGACCUCUCUGUCUUUGUAUUACUUUUAUUUUAUGCUGGUUCGUCUGUUUGUUCGGUUAUUGCCCUGUCUGUACGGUUCCUAUGCUUAAUUCCCCUUUUGCCGAAAAUUAUUAUGUUUCAUAAUAGCUUGUCUCUCUUUCAAUGUCCACUGUAAACAUGAUGCACUACACCAAUUCUGAGUUCCAAAUGCCCCAUAUCCUCAGUCUCAUUGGAAUUAUUAUUCUCACCCUGCAUUUUGUGUACUGUAUAUCUCAUAUGUCCAUAUUCUUCCAAAAUACUUGUAGAGAAGCUCCAGUGUCAUAAUUUUCUUUUUUUUAUUCAUUCAAGGCCAGAAUCGUAUUUUUGUAUCUGUCUCCAACUACCCUUUCUGUCUCAGAUGUCUAUAGUCAUGUAUGGUGUCAUCUGUCUUCCUUUCAGCGCUGUCCACGGGUCAGGCAUCUAUUGAAGAUGAAUGGCAGAGCAUCUCAGACCUCACUCUGGCAUGUAACAGCAUUUUGGAAGCCAUGUCUAAAGAAGGUAACCAAAACACAAUUAUCUAAGUUACUAAACAGGCAGGGAAUUUCUUGCAUGCAGUCGGACAGUAUUAAGCUGCCUUACAGAUUCAUGUGAGAUUGCAAAAAACAUAUUUUCAGUCUGAAAGAAUCCAGUAUCUAAAACUAGGAAAUUGACCAAGAAGAACUAGCUAAAAAUCCUCAUGCCAUUUAAAGUCUAGUGUGUCUCUCAUUGCAGGAGUGCUUAUAAGUCAUUAGCCUGUCACUCAAAAGAGCAUAUAAUAUUUUUUCACAAUUUUAAAUACUUGUUAAAAGUGGCUUUUUAUUUUUGUACAUCACUGUCAAGAAGGUAUAACAUGCAUGCCGAGAAAAAGAAGCUUCAUUUAAGCAUAUAUAAAAUGAAUAGGGAAAGGGAGAAGGAGAGGAAAGAGACUGGAAAGAGAGUGAAAAAAGACAGAAUCUCAGUUCUACGAUACAUAAGAUACUACACCAGUAAUGGCUAGCUCUAGAACCCAGUUGUUUGUGAGUUGUAUUUCUGAUUAUGCUCAGCCAGCAUGUAGAUCAUGUUAGCCAUGAUUGCGCUAGAAUCUUAGACCUCUGUAAACAUACUUAAUAAACUACCAAGUAUUGCAAGUACAGUAAAAUAUAAUUUAGCUGUUAGGAUGUGUAUAUAUUCUAGAUAUUGUUUAACAUAAUUUCUGUUUUGUGCUCCAAAAGGUCAAGGUUCAGAGGACGCAACUGAUUUAGGAGCUCACAAUUCUCUCCCAGCACAACCAGGGUAAGAUAAACAGUUGCGGCACCUUAUUGUGUAAAUCCAAGUAAAUGUUGUCUAUCAAUGUAAUAAAAUGGGUUUUACUUUCUCUGUAUAGAAAUCUUACUGAUAAAGUCACAGAGCUGGAGCUAAAGCUGAAGAGACUGCAGGAGGAUUUAAAAAAGGUGAGAAAAAUGACAAUACGUUAGAUAAAGAAAUGCUUAGGAGGAGAUACAUACAAAUAUGGUAAUAAAACAAAUGUAACAAAAUAGCCAAAGAUAGAGGAAAAAGUUUAUAAAUUUAAAGAAAUCGAAAAAAUGGAUAGAGAGUGAGGACAUACGUAGGUAAAAAAAAAAUAGUAAACAAAUAAUAAACAGAAUAAAACAGUCUCAUGUUAAUAUAAUGUACAGUUAAAUCCUUUUUGUUUAGGAACAGGAAGGUAGGGCUCAGCUGCAAGCGGAGGUGCUGAGUCUGAAGAGGACACAAGAAGAGGCAUUCACUGGAACAAUGCCCCGUGGGGGUGGGGCCAAAAUGCUUAAAGGUGGAGCCAACAACUGUGAAGGAUCUGCCAAUGACUGCACAGAAGACAAAGACUGAAUGGGUCGAGGGAUAAGGGAGGGAACCGAUCAUUAAAGCACCAGAAAAGUAAUUAUUUUGAAAAGAUACUUUAAUAAGAGGAAAAGACUGAGUUUUAUGUGGCAAUAUGAACGUUUGGUCAGAUAAUAUGUGGUCAGGCCUGCAAAAAUAGGAAGGAAAAUUAAGAAAGUCUGUGGAGUACUAGAUUAUGAAAGUUAAACCAGUGUGUCGAAAAAAAAAGUUUGUGUUUAGGAGCCAUAAAUAUUUCAGGGAACGAUGAUGUAGUGAAAAGAGGCAAAAUGUAAAUAGGUCCAUUUAAAACGACAGAAUGCUCUUGCAUUGGAGUGAACGACUGAAGAGCAAAGGAUCUUAACGGUAAAUGUAGAAUUAAGUGUUUUUAAAACAGUAUUCAAGGACUGAUGGGAACAAAUAAUUUUCCACAGAGGGCAAUAUGUUUAUGCCCGCUUAUAAUUCAGGGAGGGGAUAAAAAAAACUGUGAAGGGGGUUGACAAAGUGAUGCUGUGUAGGUGAGAUGAUAACAGAGUUUCGCACUGCAUGGGAUAGGAUGUUAGGGUUCUGUUUUGGAGGGGAUUGAUCAAAGGAAGUAUGCCAUAAGGUGAAUAGCUAUGUAUAUAUGAAUGUCUUCCGGCGAUCAUCUUUGAAAUUCUUGCCAUUGUGAAUGUACACCUGGGGUAAUAAAGGGGUAAAAUCUAUGCAUUGUUUUUGUUGUUUUGUUUUUUUAAGAAUAGUAGAUAUGUAAAUAAGGCCAUUUAUUAAACAUAAAGUGCUCAAGAUAUAGUUGAAGACACCAGAGGGUCCACCUUCACUUGCAUAAUUUAUUAAAUUAUAAUUUAACAAUGGACUGACCCAUGGCAGGUAAGUUUAAAAUAUAUGGAUCACCUAGCUAGUUUGGAACUGCUUUAUGUCAAUUCUAAUAUCACCUAGGAUUAACCCUUAAAGAACUGAAGAUUGCCAUUCCAUUAUGGGGACAAAAUUAAUGUUGUCACUUGUGAAACAAAUAAAUAAACAAUUAAUAAAACCACCA